CCCGCCCGGGGGCUGGGACUCCGCACUUCCUGCUGCCAGACGGCCCAGCCAGGCUCCAGUUACCUACUUACUGCUAACUCGGGGCCUGUGCAGGGGAACCGACUUCCAGCUAACGACAGGGAGGAUGAGCGGCUGAGAAUCUGGAUCGUACUCCAACCCUACUCAGUCUACUGCUAGUCCCCUCUGCCAAACCCAGCAUGUCCGGCACUGGCUAUAACUCCCAAAAUGGGGGAUCAGGGCCGCCCCAUGCUAACGGUGAGUGUCUGACUAUCAGUCUGUGUUGAUGAAGGUGAAGAAGCCUUAGCCCCAUAGCAGGGUCGCAAGCCUUGGCCCUCACAGCAGAUGGUGUUAAAGGGUUGAGGAUAGCACGUUAGAGGACGUGCUGUCAGGACCCUACACUGGGGUUUGGGGGAUUCCCUGCCUCACACUGGGGGUGUUCUGUGUGACUGAUAUUUAUUAAUUUAUAACUUUCUCAGUGGGGACAUUGGAGAUAAUUAUAAACAGAUAGCAUCGCUGUAGAGGGACUGGGUCUCUAUGGGAACUCUCUUCUUGUAGGAGAGGGAGUGAGUGCUCUGUGUGUUAUGUAGUACAUGUCAGGCCUUGUGAUGUAGUUGCUGGGAUCUCCAGGAUGGCCGUGGUGCAGGCCAGGAUUUGAGACUCGUUUCACUGUUAUGAAGUGGUCAAAGGUUAGAAUGUUUUGUAAGUCCAUUGGCUUGUUUCAGAACUGUUUAUUAUCUUUGUCUAGUGUUCUGUUCCACAGUGAUAUAUAUAUAUAUAUAUAUAUAUAUAUAUAUAUAUAUAUAUAUAUUACUCUUAGCUUACAUAUGUUGCAUCCUUUAUAGGCGUAAUGGAAGAAAUCAGAUUGUGCUGGAGAACCUCAAGUCCACAUUUUCACUACCCCGUGAAUCCAGUUUUAGUUGCCGAUGUUUAAUGUGAUUUAUAGGAAGUUAUAAAGUGAAUUAUUGAAUGAUAAACUCAACAGGCAGACUUGAGUAGUAACAUUUUCCCAGUGGUUCUGGCAUAGAGAAAAGCUUGGUAACACUGGCUCACUUCAUAACAAUGUGACUAAAACAAGGGUUAUCUUCUGCUUACUGCCAAAUGACUUAAAUAUACCGAGCAACCUAUAGCAGUGCCUCACCUUUUACUGCUAUUUGAUUGCAUCAUCACACAUAGAUGCCUACUAGAUGAGAUUAUAUAUAUAUAUAUAUAUAUAUAUAUAUAUAUAUAUAUAAAGUUCAUAGCCUGUUUUCAUACUGUGAGUAGUAGUAAUUUAGCUAUUUCCUUACACAUUAUGAUUUUGUGAUUGGUUUUUAGCAUACCCAUUGAUUUAGCCAUUCAUGUUAUCAGUAGGCUUUAAUAGCCAAACUGAAUCUAAAGCUUCCCAUUACCUUGUUGAAUUUGGUUUCAGUGUCUGGUGUACUUUUCCCUAUCCACAGCUAGAUAACCAUUUAGCUGACUUGGAUGUAUAUUACUAUUUUUUUAUAGUAACAGUUAAACUUGACAUCACAAGUCACUCUGAACGUGACCGGAUGUUCAGGAUACUACAUAUAUACUAUAGUUUUGGUCUGAAUCAUGUGCCCUAAGGAGGAACCUCUCUUGACACCAAGUAAACUCUGCAUCAUCAAGUAUUUAAUUGCAUGCUUUACAGCAGUAGAGAUAUUUUGAAAUUUAAAGUUUAUUCCCACUGACCUCAAUCCAUACAUGCAUCCAAUCCACAAAUUUCUUUUAUUUUUUUUAAUCAGCCUAUCUGAUUAAAUGAUCACUUCAUUUUAUGGCCCUAAAACUUUACCUUUAUCUUUUAAUGUCUUUUCAAUUUUGUUCUCAAACUUGCAGUUUUUAAUUAAGAUCUGCAAAGACAGCCAUAUAAAGAGGAGUUGUCAUUAAAGGGUUACUACAACCCCCAAAAAAGUGUUUUUCAUAAAGCACUGGUUUUGGUUGCAGUAAACCCAUUUGUGCUGGUCUUUCACGCAUCAAAAUAAACAACUUAAACCUCUUUUUCUCUCAGCCUGAUUCUAUUUGGUUGGCUUCACUAACCUUCGUCUGAGGGAAAGGGUUGUCAUAGAGGACGGCCUAAGGUGGGAGCACAGAUGCUGCUAUUGGCAGUGUGUCCUGGUGUCAGAUGCCAGUUUUGCACAGAAUUGACAUUAGCUAGCCUUCCGUAUGUGGGAAAGCUAUUUAAUCGAUACAUCUGGCUAAUGAUGCAAAAAAGGUUAUUCACUGUAUGUGCAGUGUUUCAAAGCAUAAUGCAGCACAUACAGACUCCAGGCCCCAUGACUACAUCAAAUCAAUGAAGUGGCUAUGGUGCUUGGCGCAAUCCUUUUAUGUGUAUUUAGAGGUAAUAUGCUCACCUCUUGUUCACUUGACGCUCCCCCCUCAUUUGAUCAAACAAAAACAGCAUUUAUAUUUGUUUAAGUUGGAGUGCUAUUAAAAUGUCUCAUUAACAGUAAAGUGUUUGCAGAGCAGCACUGUUUGUAGUGGGGUUUUUAGAAGUGCCGUAGAAAUUUCAAGUUUGAAGGCAGGAUAUCCGCUUCGAGGGCUGAGGAAAGGGGCAGAUUGUUAUAGUACUGUAAAGAUUGUACAGCCUCUGUAGGGCGAGUUGCAGCCCCCUUAAUACAAAUGUUUUAAAGGAACCCUAUAGCGUUAGGCAUAUAAACCUGAAUUCCUAAUGCUUUAGUGUCAUGGUCCCUUGCUAGAUAAGUCCGCCGUGUGUUAAAUAAAAAUAACAAAAUUAGAGCUUUUAUUUAUUACUGGUAUUUAUAAAGCGCCAAACAUUCCGCCGCGCUGUACAAUUGGGAAAAAGACAAUACAAUAAGAACAGACCGAUACAACAGGUAGAGGACCCUGCCCCUGAGAUUACAAUCUAAAUGUAAACUGUGGAGGUGAGACAAAAAGUAACAGAGGAAUUUGUAUGAGAUGGAAUAGAGUUAAUGGUAUAACUGCAGCAGCUGAUAGCAUGUGAAGGUAAUGAGGAGAUGAUUGUAAGAUGAAUGAAAGCCGGUAGAAUAGCUUCUGAUUUUCAGUCUGAAUCUUUAAAGGGCAGUCUUCCAAUUAAAUGGGUCUAACUCUCCUAUUUUCAGCCUUGGCACUGCUUACCUCUCUGCCUGCUUCAAUAUCAUAAAGAAAACAUGGCCUACUCUAGCGUGAUCCAAUACUCUUUAUAGAAGACCAGUGGGGAACUGAUGCACAUGCUGUUGAAUCAAUGCUUUCUAAUGGUGGCUUCCAUGUCACAUGAAAGUAUUUUUCUCGGUCAAUGCAAUGGAUGUGUCUCUAGUGGCUGUCAACCACUAGAAAUGGAACUAACCAGCAAUGUCAAUAUUGCAGUUUCUUUAAAAAACUAAAUCUGCAAUGUUGACAUUGCAGGGUUAAUAGUACAGGGUCACUGCUCCCAGAUCACUUUAUUGAAAUAAAGUGGCUUGGGUGACUUUAGUGGUCCUUUAAUAAGGGGGGAGGGGGGUGGAGGGGGAGAACAAAUUUUAUAAUUAUAGGAAUGUCUUUAUGUAAAAGACAAAUUUGCAUUUGUGCAAUCUGAACCUUUUAACUGGGCUACUUUUUUUUUUUUUUUUUUUUAAACGUGUUUUCAGAGUGAUGUAAAUCCACAUUGGAACAUCAAGAAGUUUGAGGUUACAAUAAAAGGUUGUACAUCACUAUAUACGUACACACUCAUUGAUGAACAGUACUGAUCAUUUGUGCUAUAGUGAUUGCAACAGCUCUGUAAUAGUGCACAACACUUUAAGAUCUAAUUUUUGAUGCCAAAAUAUUGAUAGUGAAUUAACGCAAUGUAAUUUUCUGGAGAAUCGAAAUGAUCAAACUAUUGUUUUCAGUUUUGUAUAAAACUCUAAAAACUGUAAAGGAAAUGUUUUAUACACAUUAAAAGUUCUUUCCCUGCAAUUUCCCUAUCAGUUCUCAGCAAUUCCUUGUUUAUGGAAUAAAACACAUUAUCAUGCUUGUAUCUGUAUAAUUGAUAUAGUGCUGAGGUGUGCAAGGGGGUAUGUUAUCCUGUGAUUUCCACCUGACAGAUUUCCUUUCCAAACAGGUCGUGUUUCAGGGAUUUGUUUGUAUUACUGUAGCAAUUUAUGAAGAAUCCUGGCAUAUUUCCUAUACUCGUUGUCUUCCUGCUACACUUACAACCGUUCUUGCCACAUGUACAGCUUUCAUAAACUGUGAUGUGGCUUUAACUUUUAUCAUGUUGUUUUACUCUACUUAAUCUUGUUAACUGUAAAAAUAAUUUUUCUUUGUUCUUUUGACAUUACUGUAAAUAUAACAUUUAUUUGGUUAUUUUUUACUAAAUUGUUAUUUACAUGUAUUUUUCCCAUCUCAGAUCCUACAUCAUGAUAUUUUAUCCAUAUGGAAUUGAGAGGGGGGGGAAUCAGCAGAACUAGAAACCAAGUUUACUAACUAAAGUUAUUAAAGUAGCACACCAAACACAGAACCACUAUAGUACAGUGUAAAGAGUCUCCAUACAUUAACAUUCCGUUAAAGUGAAACUGUGUUUGGGUGGUUUGAGGAAAGCUGGGACUUUCCUGUUUAAAAUCCAGCCCCUUUUCUGCAUUUUGUCUAAUGUGGAAGUGAGUACUGUAUCUUUCCUUAGUCCAAUAUUGAGACUCCGUAAUAGGCUACAAGUACUAGGCUAACUUGCUUGCAAACUUCUCAGCUUUUUUUUGCCUUCCAUAGUUCACUUCUGCUUUAUCCAAAAUACAGCAGAAGGGCAUGGCUUUAGUUGCUCUGGACAGCACAUCAAACCAGUCAAAUGAUCUUCCAAACCAAGGAGUCUGUGCUAGACUCUGCACUAUAACAUUGAGCUUUAGUGGUUUUGGUACUUAGAGAGCCCCUUUAACACAGAAAUAUCCGAAUUUUUUUUUUUUUUUUUUUUGUGUAAAACUCAAACUUUAACAUUGAUUUAUAAUACUUUUUAAAAGCUUAAAUGGCUGAUGUCACACCCACAAGCCUAAAAGCAGUGGCCUCCAUCAAACACUUGGAGAAGAAUUCUUGCUUGAUGCCACGCAUGAAUAAAAUGUUGCCUGAAAGAUGAGGAAGUCCGCUUGAAGGACGAAACGCAUAGGGCUGGGAGAAAGACCUAGUGAAUAUAUUAUUUUAUCUCAUAUUUUUCCUGUUAUUUUAUUUUAUGUGUAUGGGCUGAAAGCUGCCAUAUAGUUGCCGACUACAGAGGACUGUGUUACAUCAUACCCUAAGGCUGGAUAUAUACCUUACUAUAUGCAUACUUGAAGAAUUCAUCUUGUAAAUGAAAGUAUUUGAACUUUUAAAGGAAUACACUGUUUGCCUUUCUCCCUCUAUUUUCCAUAUGGUCUAUGGAUUGAGAAAACACAACAGAAGGUUUACAUCUCAUAAACAAACCUUUACGUGCCUGUUACAAGUUACUACUUGUGAGUAACCCUACAUAACCCAUAGCUCAUCGCAUCUUUUCACGUUACUCCAGUUUCGCCCUUCAUUUUAGAUUGUAAUUUGCAUGUUCAUAUAAUAGAAGAUAAGCGGAAUCUUCUUACAAUCUUAAAACUAUAUAAGGGUAUUUUUACCACUUAUAUUUUCACGUGGCUUGGGCGUGCUAUUGUAUAUAUUCUUUGGUUAUAUAUUAUAUUUCUAUAUUAAGAAAUUAAUUCUGUCUGGAUGUCAUCAGCAAGAUCAUGAAUAAACACAAGAGUGUUGUUCGAAGGUGGUACAGCUUCAAUUAUUUUACACAACGUCUCACUUAAAAUACACUUUUUCUUUUGCACAUGGUUUUAUUGAUAACUCAAUUUUGUGUGUGCUGUGCGAUAACUUGCUAUGUAAGAAUCCUCUGUGGCAUUUUAAUGUUUACAUUUUUUUUUUCUUCAUAAACUGUUUCAUCUUCUGAUCCUUUGAUACUUAGAUCUUUGUACUCUGCGUGGUUUUGCUCUAAAUGACAACGUAAUUUAGCAGGUGCCAAAACUAGCAAUAUUUUCUUGCAAAGUAAGCAGCGUGAUUCAGGGCAAUGUUCAUUUCUGGCUUCUAUGAAUCCAACUGACUAGUAACUGUCAUCAUAUAUUUAAAUUUUUUUGUUUGAGAAGAUUUGGUAGCAUUAUGUGCUUUUCUUGUUAUCUUCAACUAGUCACUUGUCUCUGAUAUAUGAGUAACAGUAGGUUCAACUACAUUGCAACUAUUUUCUUGAUUUCUUCUUGUAUCUUCCUUCUCCGUUUUAUAUAAAUGUCAAACAAUUAGUUGUAAUAUAUAUUUUUUUUCCUCUUGAUAGUUUCUUACUUUAACCAGCUGUCCAAAUUCAUGGUUGUUGGUUCUGUCUUGGAGUAAAAAGAACACUUUUCUAACCUUGAAAUAAUCAUAUUUUAGUAAAUGAGUAAAAGGCUGCACUUCUGUUCUCAGCUGUUAUUAAGCAAGUAAAGUGCAUUUUGGUUUAAGUUUUUGGAGUAAAAAGAACACUUCCCUAAUCUCGAAAUCAACCGAUUUUAGUACUUGAGUAGGUGCUGGCAAAUGGCAACAGUACUUUGAUUGCCCACCAUGACAACUCAGGCUAUUCUUUGAGUAAAUCACUCAAGAAAACAAAAAUAAACAAUAAGAGAAGUAUCUUAACCCCUUAAGGACACAGCUUCAGAAGCUUGACUUACGCUUAAUGACACAAGCAAUUUUUGCAUUUUCUUGCUGUUUGCGUUCAACUGCAAUUUGCAUCUCUCUCAUUUAUUGCACCGACACAUAUUAUAUACUGUUUUUUAAAGGACAGAAAGGGCUUUAAUUUGAUAUAACAUAUAUAUAUAUAAAUGCUUACUUAUUAUAAAAAAAAUACAGAAAAAUGCAAAAAAAAUGAAAAAUAUUGUUUUUUUUUUACAGUUUUUGCAAUAAUAAUGUGUGCAUAAUUAGUGCAGGUUAAGGAAAGUAAUUAAAAAUAAAUUAAUUUAGUUGUUCUGAUUUACAGAAUAUAUAAUGUGUCUGGGAUUUUAAGUUUUUUUUGGUAGUUACAGGUCACAAAGCACAAGGAGUAAAAUAAAAUUUUAAUGUGGAGCGAUUUUAGAAUUUGGUAUGUUUGUCUUGUAAGCUUAAUAGCCAUAAAAGAAAACAAAAUUGCCACACAAAAGUAUAUAUUUAUAUAAAGUAGACAUCACGGGCUAUUUACCUAAGGUUGUUUUGACACUUUCUACGUAGCCAUAUUACCGCCAACCUCUGCUAAAUAUUGGAGUAAAAUUGUGUUCUUUUUGGUUUUUGGCACACAAACUUAUAACAGAGAAAUUCUCGUGUAUAUUUUGUAAAGUUGGUGUGUGCUAUUCCUGUACAAAGUUUUAUUUUGUGUUCAGUUACAUCUGCUGAGUAAAAUGACACCCCCAUUGUAUGUCUUUUGCACUAUUUCGUGAAGUUACAGUGCCAUACAGGAUACCUGUCCUUUUCAGUAUUCACAGUAGAAUGUUGAGAGAUAAAUUUAAUGAGCCUUAGCUUCCAUUUGGGGUAUUAUAACAGUUUGACUGUUCAAAAAACCCCACAAAGGCCUACCAUUUGUAAAAGUAGACACUCCAGGGUAUCUCAUAAGGUGCAUAUUGUGCCUUAACAUGCCCCCAUUUUUUCACCAAUAUAUGCCAAAGUAUGUGGUAAAAAAAAUUUUGUGCAUUUUUUACAUACGGAUUGCAUUUUUGCUGGGCGUUUUGUAUAUUUCAUAUGUGCCACUAAGUUCAAACCUCCCAAAUUAUGCUCAGCUAAGUCUUCUGAGUAAAAUGACACCCCAUAUGAAUGUCUUUGUCACUAUUUUGUGAAGCUACAGUGCCAUAUAGGAGACCAAGCCAUAUCCGUUUUUACCAAACUUUGAAUUUUGACGCUGGGCCUAUGUGCAAUUUCCAAGCAUCUUCGCAGGUUUUAAAUUCAAUCUACCCCACAAAGGCCUACCAUUUCUUAAAGUAGACACCCCAGGGUGUUUCAAAAGGUAUAGUUUGAACCUUAGCGUGGGAUCAUUUUUCCGCUAGCUUGUACCAGAUGUAGUGGUAAUAAGCAUUUUUUCUGCUUUUUGACAUACAAAGUGAGUUUGCACAGUAUAUUUUGCAAACCUUAUGUGUGCUACGACUGUAUAAUACUUCAUAUGUUGCUCAGCUAUGUCGGCUGAGUACAGCAAUACCCCCGUAUGUACCUUUGCCAGGUAUGUGUGGACAUCGGAGGGGCACAUUUGGGACACAGCCAUUCCAGUUUUUUUCAAACUUUGAAUUUUUAUGCUGUGCCUAUGUCCCAUUUUAGAGUAUUUUACCAGGCUAUAUAAUCCAAAUUCCCCAUAAAGCCAUACCAUUUCUUAAAGAAGACAUCCCAGGGUAUUUCAAAAGGCAUAUUUUGAACCUUAGUGUGGGAUCAUUUUUCCGCUAGCUUGUACCAAGUGUAGUGGUAAUAAGCAUUUUUUCUGCCUUUUUGACAUACAAAGUGAGUUUGCGCAGCAUAUUUUGCAAACCUUAUGUGUACUAUGACUGUAUAAUACUUCAUAUGUUGCUCAGCUAUGUCGGCUGAGUACAGCAAUACCCCCGUAUGUACCUUUGCCAGGUAUAUGUGGAUGUUGAAGGGGCGCAUUUGAGACGCAGCCAUUCAGUUUUUUUCUAACUUUGAAGUUUUACGCUGUGUCCAUGUUCCAAUUUGGAAUAGUUUAGACGGUUGGUUAUUGAAACUUCCCCACAAACACAUACUAUUUAUUAAAGAAUACACCCUGGGGUAAUUCAAAAGGCAUAUUUUGAACCUUGGCGUGGGAUAAUUUUUUCUCUAGUUUGUUCCAGGUGUAGUGGUAAUGAGCGUUUUUAAAAUGUAUUUUUUUACUUUUUAUAACUUUUUUACUUUUAAAAACUAGUUUUUAAACUUUUGUUUUGCUUAUAAAUUUUUUUUAAACUUUCCUAAACUUUCUUAAAACUUUUUUACAGAUUUAACAUUUUUCUAAGCUAUUUUUUUUACUGUUAACCCCUAACUAGCAGUACGCAGCACUAACAGUAAAUUCCCCAUUUUCCCAUAACUCCCACCCACCCCAGCUAGCAAAAUAUAUAGUUAUAAAAUAUUUAAAUUAAUUAAUUAAAUAAAUUGAACCCCUGAGGGUUAAAAAAAAUAAAUAAAAGUUAAUCCUCAGGGGUUAAAAAAAAUUAGAUCACAGUAUAAUACUGUGAUCUCUAUUUGAUCGCUGUAGGCAGUGAUCGACUGGCAGGGAAGGGGUUAAUUUUUAUUUGGACUAGGUAAAGUGUGUUUUUUUGUUUUUAUUACUUAAAUGUUAUUAAAACAUUUUUUUAAGCUUAAUUUUUAACUUUUUAAAGUUUCUUUUAAAACUUUUUUUAACGUUAACCCCUAGUUAGCCUAACGUCAAAUCCCCCAAUUCCCCACUAACUUCCACCUACCCCAGCUAUCUAAAUAUAGAAUUUAAAAAUAAUUUAAUUAAUUUAAUUAAUUUACCCCCUGAGGGUUAAAAAAAAAGAAUUAACCCUCAGGGGUUAAAAAAAAAAAUCAGAUCAUAGUAAAAUGUAAUCCCUGCCAAUUGAUCACUGUAGUCAACACUUAGUAAACAAGUAAAGUACCUGUGCUUUAUCUGUCGAUAUUUGAGCAAAAUGCACUGUUGUGUAACCUCUAAGUAAUAAGAUUUUUGUACUUUUGGUGCAGAAGCUAUUUUUUGUGAUGAUUUCUACAGAUCGGUCCCUGACCCAUGGUUUACUAUGGCACAUGUACCAUGCAUGACACCUUAGGUACCUUUGCACAGCAUUCAAGCCUGCCAGAGCAAAGCAAGCUCUGGCCUAUAGCACUUUAGAUAUUUGCUAGUGCAGCCCAAGUGGGGCUUGCAGAGGGACAAUCUUAAAUUUCUGCAUCUCAGAUCACUUCCUCCCAGCACUUUAAAAAAAAAAAACCCUGCACUUUCACUGUCGAUGUCAUUGUUAUGAAACACUCAUAUUUGUGUUCUGCGAAAUCUCUUGAGUAUAACAGUACGCCCCAUGUACUGGUUUUAUAGUGGUUUUGAAAGUUACAUGGUCAAAUAUAAGGCAUGCCCAUUUAAUUUUUUUCAUUGAAAUUUGCCAUAUUGGUUAUAUUGCAUUUGAGACCGUAUGGUAGCCCAGGAAUAAGAAUUACCCCCAUGAUAGCAUACCAUUUGCAAAAGUAGACAACCCAAGGUAUUGCAAAUAGAGUAUGUCCAGUUUUUUCUAGUAGCCACUUAGUCACAAACACUGGUCAAAGUUAGCAUUCAUAUUCAUUUUUUGCAUUUUUUUUUUUUUUUACACACACACACGCGUGCUAACUUUGGCCAGUGUUUGUGACUAAGUGGCUAGUACAAAAGACUGGACAUACCCUAUUUUAAAUACCAUGGGCAGUCUACUUUUUCAAAUGGUAUAUCAUGGUGGGGUUUAUUUUCAUUUCUCGGCUGCCAUACUGUCUCAAAGGCAACAUAGCCAAUCUGGCAAAGCCCAAUUUACAAAAACAGAAAUUGGCUUAUGUUUGACCCUUUAACAUUCCAAAUCACUAUAAAUCCUGUACUUGAGGGGUGCUGUUGUACUCGUGAGAGAUUACUCUACACAAAUAUGAGUGUUUUAGAGCAGUAAAAUUUAUUUUCCUGAUCUCAUCGGUGAAAUGGCAGUUUGUGUAAAAAAAAAACCACUAAAAAAACAACAAAUAUAAACAGUAAUUUGGCUACUAAAAACAAGUGGAUAUACCCUAUUUUGAAUACCAUGGGUUGUCUACUUAAAAAUAAACAGUAUGUAAUAUAUGUGGGUACAGUAAAUGAGUAAGAGGAAAAUUACAGCUAAACACAAACACCACAGAAAUGUAAAAACAGCCCUGGUCCCAAACAGUAAGAAAAUUGAAAAGCGGUCUGGUCACUAAGGGAUUAAAGUAACACUAUAGCGUUAGGAAGAUAUCCUCCCUUUAAACCAUUUGCUCUAAAAAUUUGUAAAAAGUUUUCUUUGAGGUUAAAGGAUCCCUAUAGGGUCAGGAAUACAACCAUGUAUUCCUGACCCUAUAGUGUUAAAAUCACCAUCUUGCCCCCCUGGGUCCCUCAUGCCUCCAUAAAUAUAGUAAAAAUCUUACUGUAUUCAAGCUUGAAGCUGUAACUCUGCAUGCUGUUACUCAGAAAAACAAGCAGUGUGCUGACAUCAGAAGUAGUAGCCUGAUCCAAUCACAAUGCUUCCCCAUUGGAUUGGCUUAGACUGACAAAGCGAAAGAUCAGGGGCAGAGCCAGCAUAACUCACACAGCCCUGGCCAAUCAGCAUCUCCUUAUAGAGAUGAAUUGAAUCAAUUAAUCUCUGAGGAAAGUUCAGUGUCUGCAUGCAGAGGGAGGAGAUACUGAAUGUUUGGAUGCAUUUUAGGCAGUCAUGACCCAGGAUGGAUCUCUAACAGCCAUCUAAAGAGUGGCCAGUGAAGUUAUCACUAGGCUGUAAUGUAAACACUGCAAUUUCUCUGAAAAGACAGUGUUUACAGUAAAAAGCCUGAAGGUAAUGAUUCUACUCACCAGAACAAAUUCAUAAGCUGUAGUUGUUCUAGUGACUAUAGUGUCCCUUUAAGUGGUGUAGGUGAUUCCUUUUAAAGGGAUACUCCUGGCACCCAGACCACUUCUGCCCAUUGGAGUAGUCUGGGUGCCAACUCCCACUACCUUAACCCUGCAAGUGUAAUUAUUGCAGUUUUCAUAAACUGCAAUAUUUACAUUGCAGGCUUAAGUCCUCCUCUAGUGGCUGUCUACUAGACUUCAUAGAACACGAAAAGUGUUUUAAAACGACGCUGGACGUCCUCAUGCAAUGUGAGGACCUCCAGCGUCGCUGAAAUCCCAAUAGGAAAGCAUUGUAUGAUGCUUUCCUAUUGCGAGGUUUAAUGCGCUUGCGCGCCCAUUGCCUGCGGCCGCGCAUGCACAUUAGGCCUCUCCAGCGGGGGAGGAGCAUAGGCGGAGCCUGACCAGUGCCGAGGGACAUCGACGCUGGACUCCGGUAAGUCACUGAAGCGGUUUUAAACCCUUCAGCAACUUGGGGUGGGGGGUGGGAGGUAGAUGGAGCACUAGAGGUUCCUUAAUUCGUUUUCCUGGCACUGGAGAAUCCCUUUAAAUAACAAAUAUUUUGUAAGUUAUAGUUAAAGAAAAGUAAAGACUGAAUUUCCUUAUGUAUAAUAGGUUGACUGCCUGCAAGAUUGACUCUUCCCACUCACCCUGCAUUUUGGGAGGUGGGAUGUUUUUGUCAUAGAUUACUUGUUUUCUUUAUCUUUUAGCACAGAACUGCUGCGAUUGGUAGUGAUUUCCAGGUUAAUAAUAUUGAUGAUGCUUCUGUGGUUGACAUGUUUCCUGUGUCUGACGACAUUGUUAGGGGGAAAUAAAAACAAGUGUUUUGCAACAUGUGUGCUUGGGGGUUUGCACCAUUAUAUACAACUUUUUCAUAAAAUGACACACACUAGUUUUUAUUGGUGGAUGUUUGCACUUUAAGAUGCAUUGCCAAAGUAUAUUAAUGCCUUUGAGUUUUGCUUUAUGUUCCAGAGGGACCAUUACAUUGAAACAACUUGCUGAUCUAAUUUAUUAUUCUAACAUCUCUGGGAAAGAGGAAUGAAACAGAUUUCACAGACUCUCCUGUUAUGCGUUCUUAUGACCACUUAAUUUUUGCUUAAUUUGGGUUGUAGAGCAAGGCUGUGGUUAUGAGUUGCACUCAUUUAAGGAUGUUGCUCAGUUCCUUUGCUGCUGAUUCUAAUUCUCUGUCAGUAACCAUGUAAUCCCAAAGACUGAAUGUUUGACCCUUUGCUUAAAUAGUGUCUGUCAUGGAUUGGUUGACUUCCAUGUCAUGAUAGAUGUGCGGAUUAAGGGGUUAAUAGUAACCUGAACUCUUAUAGCUUGUCAGCCUUCCUCCCAGGGCAUCACACUACCUCAAACUAUUUCUCAACCCAAGUAUUGCAUACAUAUUAUUAUAUUUAAUACUCUUGUACCAAGGUUAAAUUUACCCCAAACCAUUCUAAAAUUGUACACAAUCACAAUUUAAAGGAAGACUAUAGUGUUGGGAAUACAAACAUUUAAUCCUAACGCUAUAGUGUUAUAACAUAACUUUAGGUACACCCACAAUGAAUUUAAAAAAAAAAGUUUUACUUGCCUUCUAUCCCUUGCACGCUGGUUUUGCUGUGGUCGCACCACCUCCUCUAGUUGAUCAUAAAUAAUGCCGAUCAUGGCCGAUCCAAUGUUUUCUCAUAGGGAGGGCUAGUGCGCUUUUGUGGCAAUGGCUGCUCUUCGCCAGUCAGCAUAUUCUCAUAGAGAUGCCGCCGUGUCUUUGUAUCUCUAACAGUUGCAUACAUCAUUUCCAUUAAAAGCAUGGAGACACUGAACGUUGGUUCUGCAAUUUUUGGAUUGCGUUUAUGAUCCUCCGUAUUGUCUGUUACUUCAAAUAAUGUGUUGUGUGUAUGUGCUACAUUAAUAAAUAUCCCCUUUAUUAAAUUGGAUCCAAACAUCAUCUAGAUAUGAGGAUACUGACACCAUUUAACACCACUCUUGACUUAUCAACCAUUAUUCAUUGUAAGUAGGGAUGCACCAGAAUGAAAAUUCUGGUCCGAAACCGAAAAAUCAGGAUGCCCUUGGCCGAAAACUGAAAAUAACGUUUUUUUUUUUUUUCUCCAAAAUUGUUUUAAAAUAGUUUUUUUCUAUAAUUUUAUUAUUAGACCUUUUAAUGAAUUUUAUGAAUCUAAUAUGAAAAACUACAAGCAAAAAAUAAAUAACACUUUGAUUGAAAGUAACAUCAAAAUUGGACAAAAAAUAACUUUAAAAAACAAUAUAAAUAAAAAUCUGUUAAAUCUGUUUUGUUAUAUAGGAGUAAAGAAUAAUAUAUUGUUGAUAUUAAUUUAAUAGUCAGUGUCUCUGUAUUGCAGUCCGUUUAUAAUGUAUAUGUGUGUGUGUGUGUGUGUGUGUGUAUAAUAGUCUCCUUUCUGUAAUGAACUUUUCCAGUCUCACUCACACUCAGUCCAUGUGUUACAAAGCAUGUCUUCAUGUUACACAUUUACUCUGCAGCUUUCUUUAACCAGUAACACUGCCAAACAGAUCUCACACUGUGCCCAUACUCUCUGUAGAGUUUAACAUCAUUCCUGCCCUCAUCCAAAAUGGCCGCUCGGUAACACCCACUUCCGGUGACGACAUAUCCGUGUUCUGUAAUAGUGAAGGAGUCUGCAUCUGCAGUGAGUGCAGGCAUUGUGCUCCAGAGACAGACCCAAAGUGGCUUCACUGAGGACACUGGAGUACCGCACGAAGGGGAAGGUGGUAGGUGGGGCAAAGAGGGAGGUGUGAUUUUCAACAGAUUUAACCCAUUUUCGGCCGAAAUGGGAUAGCCCCAUUUUUGGCCGCCGAGAUUUUGGUGCAUCCCUACCCGAAACCAAAAUUUAGGAUGUCCUUGGCCAAAACCGAAACCAAAAAUGACUUUUUCCCCAAAUGAUUUUCAAAGUUUUUAUUUUUUUUUCUAUAAAUUUGUUAAUAUUAGAUUUUUUAAAAUGAAUUUAAUGAAUCCAAUAUGAAAUACUUCCCUUCUCCUUUAGUGGAACCCCCUCCCCCAGUGUUCCUCUCCCCUCCCUCUUUUUUAGUGUUCUGUUCCCCCUCCUCCCCAGUCCCAUAGCCUUCUUCCCCCUUCCCUGUCCCAUAGUGCAAAAAAAGGUUGAAUGGGUAUUUUGAAGUGCUUGAACUCUUAACCUGCUGUUAAUUUUAACACGGGGACUAAUAAAUGCAAGCUCCAGUAAGGAGAAUGUCUUCAAAAAAUAUUAAACAUCUCUUAUGAAUAUACAUAGAAUAAUUUACAUUUGUGCAAUCAUAAUUAUGAAGAUUACAUUUUCUGUGUAUGUACUAAUGCUUUAACUUUUUCUUUUCAAGGUCCAGUUCAAAACCAAUUGAUCUAUCCACCCCAGUUAUCCUUGGGCCAAGGAUUCAGUUCUGUUCUACCAAACUCCAACCCACAACAGAUGCCACUCAAGGCUCCUCAGCAUGCAGUCCCUGGAUUAUACAGUUAUUAUGGUGGUCCUCAGACUUCUCCACAACUGGUAAACUACCAGGGAUCUGGACAGGUUCAUAAUAGACCGCCUAUGGGAGUUAUGCCGACAGUAUCUCUUCAAAAUGCUGGACUUUCCUCCAGGAUGCCAGCGUCCUCUCAAAACUCUACUGGUGUGCCAGCUACUGUUGGUGGCAGUGUUCCCAGAAUAAACCCAGCAGCAAGCUGGCAGUAUUUUCCAACACCUUUGAGUCAUGCACAGCCGCAAGCUCAUGGAAAUAAUGCCCCCCCAACAACUGGGACAAUAUCAGGACAAACCCCACAGGGAAAUCUACAGCCACCAGUUUCACAGCAUUAUGGGGCUUCAUUUGGAGGUCCUCCACUUCAGAACAGUUUUAUGAGUCCAGGUAUGGUAGAUGUUUGGAGUCUAUGAAUUCUAUCCUAAAAUGUAAACCGUUAGUGUGGUAACACUGCAUGUUUUACCAAUCCUAUGUUUCUGCAUUCAGACUUCUGCUCACACACAAAAUAUUUUGUAUUCGAAAAUAAUUGUCUAAUUAUGUGUGCAUACAUUUAGUUUCUAAUGAACAACAUUCCUUCUCCACUUCUGUUUCCUGUUCCCACACAUCAUGGGCAAAUAGGAUGUGUACAGUUUUACACAGCUGUGGACCAUGCAUGCGCUGUUUUAGGUUCAAUCCUCCAGGGAGGAGAGCUGUUGGACAGAAUUAACAUGGGCAACUCUCAGAACAAUGAGUUAGUGCAGGAGGAUCUGUUCAUCUUACAUCUUGCCUGCACAACUUGCGUAAAUGUUAAAAGGACAAUGCCACCUCAAAGCUAUUGUUUAAAGGACCACUAUAGGCACCCAGACCACUUCAGCUCAAUGAAGUGGUCUGGGUGCCAGGUCCCCCUAGUUUUAACCCUGCAGCUGAAAACAUAGUUUCAGAAACUACUAUGUUUACAUUGAGGGUUAAUCCAGCCUCUAGUGGCUGUCUCCCUGACAGCUACUAGAGGCCGCUUCCGCGAUUCUCAGCGUGAAAAUCACACUGAGGUGAUGCUGGACGUCCACAGAAAAGCAUUGAGUAAUGCAUUUCUAUGGGCGGUUCGAGUGCGUGGCUCUUGACGCGCAUGUGCAUACGGAGCGGACAUUGGCAAGGGGAGGAGAGGUCACCAGCGCCGUGGGAGUCCGGCGCUGGAUUAAGGUAAGUGGUUAAAGGGGUUUUAACCCCUUCAGCCCAGCGUGAGGGGGAUUCUGAAGGGGGGGGGGGGCGGACCUAAUAACCCUAUAGUGCUAGGAAAAUGAGUUUGUUUUCCUGGCACUAUAGUGUUCCUUUAAUGUAAUAAUAUAUAAUUUAAUAAGUCAUUUUAUCAUGUUUUGAAAGGAAAACAAACAGUAUGUUCAAAAAUAAAGAUGAUGCAAUGUUUGAAAACCGAUCGCUUCUAAGCAGGGAAUCAAGCAGGCAAGACCACAGAGACUGAGAAUUGGAUGAUUCUAUAUAAGUAACCAAACAGCAGCCAAAAUAAUAAAGCAGUUUCAGAUAAAAUAACUAAUUUGCCUUUUGUAAACAGAAGAAUUAAUUUCUGUUUAAACAGCCAAAUAGUAUUAAAAGAAUGGACAUUAAGAUAUUUCUUAAGACACUGGAUUAAUGUGAUACUGGCACUUUUUGAUUUUAUUAUAUGGUUUUACAGUAUAUCCAUUUGUGUGGAGACUCUGCAGGUGAAAUGCAUCAUUUAUCCAAUGAUGAUGUAAAAUAUUACAUAAUAAACUUCCAGCUAGACAUGUGCAUUUGUGCACUCUUCUUUAAACAAAUCUGUUUGUUUGGCAGUGAAUUGACUGAUCAUUUUAAAAAUUAAAGGACCACUAUAGUGCCAGGAAAACAUACUCGUUUUCCAGGCACUAUAGUGCCCUGAGGGUGCCGCCCGGCUCUGGAAAGGGGAAAGGGGUUUAAACUUACCUUUUUCCAGCGCUGGGCGGAGAGCUCUCCUCCUUCUCUCCUCCUCCGUUCUGCCCCGUCGGCUGAAUGCGCGCGCGGCAAGAGCUGCGCGCGCAUUCCGCCGGUCGCAUAGGAAAGUAUUUACAAUGCUUUCCUAUGGACGCUUGCGUGCUCUCACUGUGAAAAUCAGUGAGAAGCACGCAAGCGCCUCUAGCGGCUGUCAAUGAGACAGCCACUAGAGGCUUUGGGGGAAGGCUUAACCCAUUAAUAAACAUAGCAGUUUCUAUGAAACUGCUAUGUUUAUUAAAAAAUGGGUUAACCCUAGCUGGACCUGGCACCCAGACCACUUCAUUAAGCUGAAGUGGUCUGGGUGCCUAGAGUGGUCCUUUUAAUUGAAAGGAUUUCUGUGCUGGGCUAAUCAAUUUGUUAUCAAACUAAUGUAAUGUACAAUGAAUACACGUUUUCUACAGCAGUCGAGAAUACAUUUUGAUUCUAGUAAGAAAAAUGGGUGCAGAUUUAUAUUUAGGUAAUGCAAAAAGAUUGUAAAGGGGAGGAAUGUUAAAGAAGAGCUUAAGUGUUAGGAAUACAAACCUGCAUUUCCGAUGCUAUAGUGUGCCUUGUCCUUACUUUAUUAGGUUCCCCAAACUCCUGUCAUUAAAUGGGUUAAAAACUCACUCCCACUGAUGGGGGAACCUAAUGCAAAUGUGUGGCAGGCCCCGCAUUCACAUUAAAGUUUUCCCACAGAAAAGCACUGAAUAAGUGCUUUCCUAUGGGGAAUUGAAGAUAUUGGACAUCCUCAAUCAAAGCAUGAGGACUUCUACGUCGUUUCUUUGAGUACAUGUUUGUUAGUCCACCUAUUGUACAGCGCUGUGUAAUUUGUUGGUGCUUUAUAAAUAAUAAUCAUAAUAAAACUCCAUUAGAGUCCAUGAAGUGCCUCUGAAACACAGCCACUAGAGAAUGUCUUAACGCUGCAAUGUACCCAAACCACUUCAGUAAAGAUUAAAGGAUCACUAUAGUGUCAGGAAAACAAAUCGGUUUUCCUGACACUAUAGUACCCUGAGGGUGCCCCACCUUCAGGGUCCCCCUCACGUGGUGCUGAAGGGGUUAAAACCCCUUCAGUUACUCACCUUCUUCCACCGCCGGGCUCCCUUACCUCUCCUCCCCCGUCUGACGUCAGCAGAGCGGAAUGUGCACGCAUUCAAAGUGUCCAUAGGAAAGCUUUUUUCAAUGCUUUCCUAUGGACGCUUUGCGUGAUGGAGGAAUUAAAUGCUUCCAGCGUCACAGAUGCGCCUCUAGUGGCUGUCUGGAAGACAGCCACUAGAGGCUGGCUUAACCCCAAAUGUAAACAUAGCAGUUUCUCUGAUUUACAGCAGGCAGGGUUAACCCUAGCGGCACCUGGCACCAAGACCACUUCCUUGAGCUGAAGUGGUCUGCGUGCCUAUAGUGUUUCUUUAAGUGGCCUGGUUGCUUAUAGUGUCCAUUUAACAAACAUGUGCUUUACUUUGUAGUGCAUGUCAUUACAAUUAAAUUAAACUUACAACCAGUAUGAUUGCCAAAUUGCCCUGCAGUGUUUUCAUUCUGCAAAGCCAAGAGUAAAAUAAGGGCAAAUAGGCAUUUGUUUUGUGAUGCUUAGCACAUAUCGCACAUUUACCAUAUGGUGAACCAACAAUGUUUGACAGGAAACUGUAAGCACCAAAACAAUGUCUGGGGCAUUUCCUGAUUUAAGCCUCAGACUGCAACAGAAGUUUGUGCUAGAUUCAAAACUGUUUAACCAGUUGGGCGAAAUCAGCGCCCAGGGAUCUGCUUGCACCAUAACAACCUAAUUCAGGUUUAAGUUUUAGUGCUUCAAAUGUUUAAGAAUUCAAAGAUCUUUAUUUUACAUAGGGCGUGUUACAGUGAUCAUAAAAAGGAAACCCCUCAUUACAUUGUUAAAUGAUGCUUUGCCAGUCUUAAUACCCCUGCUGUAUAACAUUCUGUCUGGCAGCUCUUGUCAAGGAAACUAAAUUGGUUUGAUGGUUCAUGUUACAUGUUUAUUAAUGUUUGCAUAGAGUUGCUUUUCAGCUGUAUGAGUACCAUAUAUUUUGCAUCUACUUGCUUAAAUUACAACUACAUUGAAUGCUGAGCUCUGUCUGUACAGACCAUGUGUACUAAAAAUUUAUGAAAAAUACAUUUUAUUUAUUUCAGCACCUAUCAAUGCAAACACUACAUGAAAGUGUGAGAGCACAUAUAUAUAUUCUCUCAUACUUUUCAAAUUUGAAAACAAGUUGAUAUUACAUUUGUUUAGGUGUGUGUUUUUUUUUUUAUUUUUUUAUUUUUUUUUAUUUGUCGAAUCACAGUUAACACUGCUGCUGAUUGUAAUGUCCUUUCACCUUUAAUCUUCUGACAAAGUAUUAAUUGGCUCUAGCAUGGAGUAAAGGUACUUGUAGCUAGUUGUACUUCCAACUUGGAUGAAUGUAAUCAUUUUUAAAAAAAAAUUUUUCUUUUUUUUUCUUUGAAAACUCACUGUCCUCUGUUUACAUAAACUGUGAGUUUGUUUUAUCAGAGUAGCUGAUAAAACUGUAUUUUUUGUUGAUUGAAUUGAAACUGCUUUAAAGAGACACCAAAGUCACCAAAACAACUUGAGCUUAAUACAGCUGUUUUUUUUUUGUGUAGAUCGUGCAGUUUUACUACUUCACUAUCUGCCAUUUAAAAGUUAAAUCACUUUUGUUUCUGCCCAUGCAGCCCUAGCCACACUAGGCUCAGUAAGUGUAUAUUUUUGUGAUUUUAUUUGAGUGUGGACUGUCUCUUUCACUAUUGGAAUUCUCACGCUUGUGAUAUUCAACUGGGACAAUUGUGUGACCUGUGGUACAAUUAAUAGAAGUGUGAAGUGAAUGAGAGAUGGUGGUCCAGAAUUGUACAUCGGCUGUCAUUGUUGGGUGUAUUUUGAGUGUGUGAUUUAAAAAAAAAAAAAAAAAUAAUAAAAAUGUUUUACAUUCAUACUUUAUUUGUCGGGUACAAAAGAGGAAGCACAUAAACCCCACAAAGUAAAAACACACAACGAUACAAAGAUUGGUGCAUAUUGUAGUAUUACAUAUGUUGUAAUAUCUAUAAUACUACUGUUAUCACUAAUAAUUCUAAUGCUCCCUCAUAACGCUUUAUACAGCCCUGACCUUAUCAUUACUCACUGUCAGUUGUUUGACUAGUCCCUAACUUUACAAUGUCUUUAUGCAGUAAGUCUAGCCAUGGUUUUCAUUUCUCUAAUAAUUUGAUUUGACUUCUCGCAAAUGUUAUAGCUGCAUAUUCAUAUAAAUAAUAGUGUCUUAUCAAUCGAUUAUGUGUUGGACAGGUGGCAAGUGUGUAAUUUUAAGACAUGACUUAUCUUGUUCAGUAUGCUCCCUGUCCUGCUUUUGUCAGUUAUAGUUUACUAACAUGUUUGCAUUUACCUUAUUUGCUUUGUAAAUACAGUGUGAAUAUUGAUGCACUGACUUGUUUCUGUAGGAUCUGAUCCAGCAAAUGAUUCUCAUCCUGGCCGACCACCAUUGGGACCUCCACCUAGUUCAUCCCCUUCUUUAAUAAGACCACCAACACAACAUACUAGUCCACCAAGUGGCACGGGGCCACCACCACCCUCACUUUUGCAAAGUGCUCCUACACAGGAUGGUAAGUCAACAAACUGAUUGUUAAUGAAGGUUAUGGGUUUGAUUCAAACAAAACUUGUUUUGUGAAUCUGCUUCAGGUAAUAACUCUUAUGGUAAUCAUCUCAAAGACUGCUUGCAUUAAAUGCCUGCUGUGCAAAGUACUAGUGGUGAACACUCACAUUAUCAGUAGAACUUUGCUAGUGAUCCCCAAUCUAGCAAUUUCAUGGAAUAAAAAGAAUGGUUUUGAAUGUUAGUCAUUGUAAGUAAUGUACUUACUUUGCAGUAUAGUGUUUUUAAUGCUUAUCCUGACAAAGGUGUUUUUAUACAAUACUUUAGUAUUGUUCAGCAUGACAUAAUGGGAGCUCAACAAUUUUCCACUGGGAUCUAUGUCAAAUGCAACAGUCUUCCUCCUGCCCCAGUUAUUCAUUUGCGAUGAAGCCAUGGCCAGUUCAGGAUGUCACAAACUGCUGUUCAUAUUAAAUCUCAUUGGCUAACGACAACACUUUCCGUUGACCUGCGCACUGAUGUUUUGACCUAAACAUGAUUUUUAGUGAUGCAUGAUUUGCACAGCCCACACUCAAGCUUCUGAUAAUAGUGCACUGUGUCAGUUGCGCUGAAGUUCCUGUGUGGUAAACCUCAAACCAAGCCAUAUGGUAUCAGUCUCAGAUCUUAACAGUAAUCCAUUUUGCUGAAAUGCUUAAUGGUAUUUAACAUUGUAUUUGUUUGUAAUGACUGAAUAUUAAUACACAUGGUUUAGGAGUGAACCUAUCGAAAGCUUUUGCUUUGCAGGGUGAAUUAAACAGAUUUUUUUCCCACUCUUUCACUUCUCUAUUUUGCAUUUGUUAAAUUAAUAGUUUGUCAUCUUGCUCUACCUAUAUUUAGAAUUGGCUCUUCCGCCUCUGGUGCUACUUUUAAGUUUAUGGUUAUAGAUCCUCAUUUAUUUGUAUUUGUUAGAAUGAUCAAAGUACUCUGUUUUAUUAUUAGACUUAUGUGAUAUAUUAAAGUCUUUAUUUCAGAACGAUUACCUUCCUGGAUACAGAGGCAUUUGAUGUCACAUCUUCACAGCACUUUUCCUUAGGGACUAUGUAAUAGGCUUGCUUUUAUUCCUCUAUUAAUUGGUUGUGUUAGUAAAUUACACAUCAGAUUUUUUAUUUAUUUUUUAUAAUCUUUGUUCCACUCUUGUUAAAGUGGUCUGGGUGCCUAUAGUGUCCCUUUAUCUCAAUGCCACCUCCCUGUCAUUUUUACCCUGCAAGUGAAAACAUGUGUUUUUUGCACUACAUGUCUUAUCUUUAUCCAGCCUCAGCAUCGUAGAAGUCUAAUAAAAAAGCAAUAUACAUUGCUAAGAUUGGUCACCCCCACUUUUUGUGUAUUUAAUUUACUAGUUAUACUCAAAGCAAAAACAGGAGUACCAAAUACCUUGUCAACAUGACAGUCCCAAAUAAAUUUAAAAAAUAUAUAUAUAUUAUUUAGCAACUGUAUAUAUUCUUUUUUUAUCCUUCUCGGUUUUGCAGUGCUUUCACGUCUGUUGUACCAGCAUCAGCAGUUUCCAUGUCACCUUUAUCUUAACGAGUCUUACUUGUCAAAUUUACUAUGUGUGUCUAAACGUAAAAAUGUUGAUUUAAAGGACCACUAUAGGCAACCAGACCACUUCAGCUUAAUGAAGUGGUCUGGGUGCCAGGUCCUUCUAGGGUUAACCCAUUCUUUUAUAAAUAUAGCAGUUUCAGAGAGACUGCUAUGUUUAUGAAUGGGUUAAGCCUUCCCCCAAAUCCUCUAGUGGCUGUCUCAUUGACAGCCGCUAGAGGCGCUUGCGUGCUUCUCACUGUGAUUUUCAAAAUCACAGUGAGAGCACACAAGCGUCCAUAGGAAAGCAUUGAUAAUGCUUUCCUAUGCGACCGGCUGAAUGCGCGCGCAGCCAGCCGAUGACAACGAGGAGGAUCGGAGGAGUAGAGCUCCCCGCCCAGCGCUGGAAAAAGGUAAGGAGUAUGUUUUCCUGGCACUAUAGUGGUCCUUUAAUUGCCUUAAUUUAAACUCUGAUCUUGAUCUAACCUAAGGUAACAUGAGAAUCCUUUCACGUACUUGCAAGUCUUAUUAAAUAGUACUGCGUCCUUAGAUCCUCCAUUUGUUUUUUGUUUUCAGUGUCCUGUUCUACACCCUGCUUCAAUCUCACUUCCACUCAUGGUGCAGAUUGAUGGAUAGUGCCAGGAAUCCUCUCAAACCCCCCCACCUGUCUUUUAAUAAAAUUAGUUAUUUUAUGUCUGGGAUAAUUACAUACUCAUUGGUCUGCUAUAUUAUAUGUUGUGUGUUUGAGGUCAGAUUGUGGUUUUGACAUUAUUACAAAAUAUUCUGGAAUUUGUUCAAGCAGAACUUGACAAGGACCUUGGCCUCAAUACCCUCAGAGGGCACCUGUCCGUUUUACUGUGACUAGACUGAGGACCCUGCAGAAUUACACACCUUCCCUGGCUAUGAUUGACAGAGCCUGCAUGAAAAAAAAAACUGGUUUCACUUUCAAACAGAUGUAAUUUACCUUAAAUAAUUGUAUCUCAAUCUCUAAAUUGAACUUUAAUCACAUACAGGAGGCUCUUGCAGGGUCUAGCAAGCUAUUAACAUAGCAGGGGAUAAGAAAAUCUUAAUUAAACAGAACUUGCAAUAAAGAAAGCCUAAAUAGGGCUCUCUUUACAGGAAGUGUUUAUGGAAGGCUGUGCAAGUCACAUGCAGGGAGGUGUGACUAGGGUUCAUAAACAAAGGGAUUUAACUCCUAAAUGGCAGAGGAUUGAGCAGUGAGGCUGCAGGGGGCAUGUUCUAUACACCAAAACUGCUUCAUUAAGCUAAAGUUGUUCAGGUGACUAUAGUGUCCCUUUAAGGAGUUAUACAUUGCAAUACCACAAUGUCCAGGAAAAUAUUACAGUAGGUUUGAGUAAUGUAUACCCAACUCUGUGCAUGUGUUCAUUUUACAAUAAAAUAAAAAUAAAUACCCUAAACACUACAAACAUGGCUUUUUUGCUCUUUAAUUUAGGUUCAUGUGCAUCAUGCUAAACAGUUAACUCUUUCUGUACUUGUACGCAUAUAACAUUGCAGAUAAUAGAAUAGAUCAAGUGUGGACUUUCUUCAAAACUACCGUUGCCUAAACAGUUGCCUGAGAGUGUGUUUGAGACAUCACAGGAUUGUCAUAGUGUAGCACAGUUGUACGCUUUCUUACAUGCCACCAUUGUUUGUUUUUUCGUCACAGUAAACUUUGCAGUAGGAUUUUUCUAGGCUUAAGGAUAAAGGACUGUGCUUUCUCUGGAAGUGAACAUUCCUCUUUAAAUGACAACCAUUUUCAAAUAUAAAUCAUUUUAUUACACACACGCUUGUUGUAUGUCCGGUAGAAAUAUAUUGAAUUUAUGAAGCAGAUAAUUUGUUACAAAUCAACCAUACACUGCUCGACAUGUAAAUCCCCAGGUCCCUUCCUUAGAAGUUUGCUGCACUGCUUUCCCUGUAGACCUCGCAAUUCCCUGAGCACUGCCUACUUACAGCUUUUAUACUUAGAACCCUUUGGCUUUCUCCAUUUUUAAAAAUUGGAAUUUGCUGUGAAUCAGAUUGGUUAUCUGCAAGCAAACUAAACUGCACUACACUGAUUGGGAUUGUGAUGAUCAGGUAUUUUUGUUGUAGAACAUAUUUUACUUUGAAGCAGUAAUUUUUGUUAUAGAGGUGUAGGAGAAGUGAAUUUGCCAGUCUGUCAUUUUAGUUUUAGAAAAAGUCUUGCUUUAACAUUUGAAAAGCACUUUUUAAGAAAGACUUUUGAUUAAAUAAUAACAUAAUUGCAAGUGUCUACUUUGUCAUUCAAGAAACACUUUAAAAUUUUGAAUUCAAAGUGUCGCCUCAAUGCUUUUUAUAUGUAAUAUUCUUUUUUUAAGGCACUGGACACCCUCACACAAAGCUUGAGGAAGUCCAGGGUCGUCUCACUGACUCAAACUCUGUGAAACUAGAUGCGUUCUUAGCACUGCAAUGUAUACAUUGCAGUUUUUUCAAAACUGUUUUACACUGCACUGGCCAAGGGGUCAGAGGCACUCCAUCCAGAUGACUUCAGUGUAUAUAUAUAUAUACACUGUAGGUCACAGACCAAUUCAUCUCAUUGAUGGAGCGUCUCUGUCUCCUUGUAUGUAUGUAUGUAUGUAUGUAUGUAUAUGUAUAUGUAAACCUAGCCUCCCUUGCUACCUUUAAACUACAAGUCACUGUAAAAUGUGAAAACCUAUAAAAGAUCUAGAAGACUUUAAAUAAAGUUGAUUUGAGUCAUGAUUUAAAUCCCUAUUCAAUAAGACUCUGUAAAUCAUAUUUGUUUGUUUUUUAACACAAAGACUUAUUCUUACUGGUUGUUAUAAUCUUUAAUAUAUGCAACCAAGUGAAGACUUAAUAUUUAAAAUAAUUUGUUCAGAUUUGGUUUAAUAGUUAUAAUUUUUUUUUAUGAUUUUUUUUUUUAAAUAGGAGUUAAAAUAUAUUUUCUGCAUUAAUGUCCUCGUGAUCUAGGUUAGGAGUUUUAUUCUUUGCUGAUAUACCUUCUUUAAAUUAAUAAUCAUGUAUUUCUUCCUAGCUGCUCUACCAAUACUUUUUGUGCAGCUCUAAAUAAUGUACUGUCUGCCAUGCCCCUAAUUCCUAGCUGAAGCUCUCUCACCCACUCCUCUCACCCACUCCUCUCACCCACUCCUCUCACCCACUCCUCUCACCCACUCCUCUCACCCACUCCUCUCACCCACUCCUCUCACCCACUCCUCUCCACAAAAAUCUGAUUACAUGUGUUUGACACUAAUUGGAGGGAUUGUUGGAUCGUCUUUUCUGUUAUAGUACAAAAGUUGUUGAAAGCUUAGAUUGUGUUCUAAGUAGAAUUCCAUCUUUUAUCCACUCAAUGUUCCAGAAAAUGUUUCAUUAUUUAUACCUUAUUUUAUGCAGUCUCCGAACUGAAGGUAAAUAUAGAAAAUUGGACUGGAAAAGGAACAGUCGUAGCAGCAGCAUAAUUAGUGUGUUGCAGUGGUUAAAAGGCCUUCCCUCCACAUAUUAUAAGUAGUCAAACUGCUUUAGAACAGUUUUCACUUUUUACAUAAUCUGCACUGGACACUGCUCCCUGCCUCCAUUACUGCUCGAUUGCAAGCCAGAGGUUAUCCAUCUUAGCUAUCAGGAGCCUACGGUUUUUGUUUCCGCAUGGUCGUUUGGUUAUUAUCUGUAAUAUUUGCAAGCAGGUGAAGACCUUUUUGCAAUAGAAUGUAUCUUGAAUAGAAACUAGAUAGCUUUUUUUUUUUUUUUUUUCAAAAGCAUUUUAUUAAAAUUUUUUUUUUACAAAUAUCUGAUUUUAAAGUGUUACCCCAAGCAUCAUCAAUACUACAGCCAGCUUCAGAUUGAAAUCGUUGAAGUGGUCAUGGUGCUUGGAGUUGCCCUUUACAUUAAAAAAAUAAAAUAAAAUUAGCCCUUCAAAGGAUUUUUAUCCACCCUGAUAAUUACAGUGUGCAGUAGUCUCUUAUGGAGAUUAAAGUGUUCCUUUAACAUGUGUCAAAUGCACCUGUACUCCACAACCAAAUCAUAGUUAAAAGCAUUAAUUAAUCUUAUUUAGAUCCUAUGGACAGCUUUCCAGUAAAUGAUUUUGGUUUAUCAAUUAGAACAUAGUAUGGUAGAACACAUUGUGUCAUGUAGAUGCCAGUGUGUAUUGAAUCCUGUACUGAUGUCUCUUGAGCCUUCCACAACGCCUUUAUAUAUAAUGUGGUCAGAAUAAAACCCCCAGACAUUAUUAUUUACUAUUGAGUCAAGAAUACCCUAUUGUAUUUUCCUGCAUCAGAAAAUGUACCACAAGUGCAUCAGCAAUAUGAUUUGAUAGGGCUUGUAAUAUAUAUUUUUUUAAAUAUGUUGCAGAAUAAAGCAACUUCGCACUUAUGAACAUUUAAAUAUUCCUAGCCUUGUGGCAUUCAUAGAUCAGUUGUGCAUUGUUAGGUUAGUUGAUUUAUUCUCUAGAAGACCUCUGUUUUUAUAUAGAUAUUUAAUUGUAUGAUUUUUUUUUUUUUCAUUUGAAUCUCUUUUUGCAGUUAUGAAGUGUAAGUACCUCCUGAAAGUGUUGAUGAACCUAAGCCCAUGCAAUAUUAAAUUGUUAUUGAGUAAUGCAUGGUGCAAUAUAUGCACAAGGGAUCAGACUGUGAACAUAAACAGUGUGUGGAGGGCAGUACUGCCUUAAGGGCUUAUUGUAAUGGUCUUAAACGUGCUGGAACAAUUUUAUGUGCUGACAAUAGUUACCUUCAGCAAUAGCUGGCAUUUUCUUCUGAGUGUAUAUAGGCUGCUUGGAAUGUUUUUUAAAGGUGCUUUGCACAUUUCCUCUGCUCCUGGGUUGUAGCAAUGGCUAUACUAUUCAUCAUCAAAACAAUAUAAAAUUACAUGUGUGCUAUUCCAAAUCCCUAAGCAUAUUGUAAAAUAUGCAGUCUAUUUAAAAAAAAAAAAAAUCUUGCUUUUCGUAAUAUUUCUGCCUCGUCAUUUUGCCUGUUGACUCUUAUUUGGCAUCUAAUUUCAUCCAGUACCUCUCAUAGAGAAGCACAUGCUCUAUGAGAAGUAUUGACACUGAAAAUCAGAAAAGGGAAGAAAGUAACCAAAUGCUGCUGUUGCUGCUGCUGUUGUUGUUGUUGUUGUUGCGCCAACAAAUUCUGUAGCGCUUUACAGUGGGUGGACAAACAAACAUGUAGUUGUAACCAGACAAGUUGAACACACAGGAACAGAGGGGCUGAGGGCCCUGCUCAGUGAACUUACAUGGUAGAGGGAGUGGGGUAAAGUGACACAAAAGGUAAGGAUAGUAUUAGACUAAUGAUAGUUGCAAGAGAGGAAUCAGUUGGGAGCUAUUAACAGUUUAAUUGAUACGCUUUUAUAAAGAAGUGGGUUUUUAAGUCAAGGUGAGAAAGGACGGUGAAAUGGACAGGCACCUUAGUCGCAUCUGGCGUGAAGUAGGGUCAGAUGCGCACAUUAUUUUUGAGAAGGAAGCUUAACAUUUAAUACCACAUUGUUUAAAAAAAAAAAAAAGUGUUCAUAGUGAAGUGUCUCUCUGUGCUCAACUUCCAAAGAACUUACAAAUACUCAGUGGGGAAACUGGUAUCAAUCUAAAACUUGCAGCAUUAUAUAACAAUACUACCUUUAAUCAAUACAUUGUUGCACUUUCUCCAGCUGUCUAUUAAAUCCUAUAGGCAUAGGAUAGAAUUUUUAGAUUCCAUGUCAACAGAGCAAAUGGCAUAAUACAAUGAAAGCUAAUUGGUGUACAAUAGCCUUAUGGCAAAGAAAAGUGUUUUCUUAACACUAUAUUGUCCCUCAGCCAUAAUGGCUGAGGGACAAUAUAGUGUUAAGAAAACACUUUUGUAUUCCUAACACUUUAAGUAGCAACAGCAACGUCUGAUUAGUAUUGUAAAUCAUUUGCACAUCACAAACAUGAUAAAUGCUUAUAAGUCAGGGCUUGCUUUCCAAUUUGAAGUCCUAUGAUACUGGCCUGGCACUUAAAAAGUUACUCGCCAUUGCAACUUAUAGCAUGCUCACCAAGGGUGAAUUUCUGCUUACCAAAGAUUAAUUUGUAUUCACCAGGGCUACAUUUUCACGAUCUGUUGAGGGAUUAAAAUUUAGACUCUCCACAAAAGUGAUAACAUAGGACCUCCUUGCUCUCUGAUGUUAGUGAGCUCUAGUCGUUGUGGUGAUGUACAUUUCACAGUAACACUGCUUAUUGUAAGAUGCAAUAUGUCAUAUUGAUGCAAUUUAUUUACUUUUUAAUGUAUUUAUUUUUUGCCAUCAUUGGUAGUUAAAGCUUUAGAUAAGCAGUUACUUGCAGUGCUUAUUUAACACAUUGAUCAUCCUCCUGAGAAUCUAACCUCUCCAAAGACUGAAAUCUAUAACAGAACCUCUAAGCUAUAAUUAGUCCCUUGCAAAUGCUUGCUUUAAAAUGUGUUUAUCAUAUGAAAGAACUCAGGGUUUGGGCAAAAUUUGCAUUUAAUUUUGUACUUUGUAAUAAACAACUGUCCAGGAAUACCUUUUUUUAUUGUUUUUUGGUUUGUUUAAAAUAACAAAAAAAAGUUGUCAAGUGUUAUAGUCUAGAUCAGGCAUAGGCAACCUUUGACACUGCAGAUGUUUUGGACUAUACCUCCCAUGAUGCUUUGCCAGCAUUAUGUGUGGAAGAUCAUUAUGGGGGAUGAAGUCCACAACCAAAAACUAAAAAAAAAAAAAAAAAAAAAAAAAAGUAUCCUUGGUCUAGAUACUAGUUUGGAUGUGUUGGCUAAGAAUCUGUCUGUUUUUUUACGUAGGUGAUUGGGUAAUGUCUUCACAUUUUAUGAUGGGAUAGUUCAUGUUUUAUUAAAAUGGUCUACUAGAGGUGCUUACUGUAUUUAUGCAUAGUGUAAAUCUGUAAAAUGACGCUAGACGUCCUCACGCUUUGCAUGAGGACAUCUUUACAAACCCCAUAGGAAAGCAUUAAUUUGUGCCAUCGCGGGAGGAAAAGCAUGAUCCACCACUGAGGGACAUCAGAACUGUAAUCUAGUAAGUAGAAAAAAGGUGUUUUUACCCCCCACCCCCCCCUUUUUUUUUCUUCUACUUACUGGAUUCCAGUUCCGAUGUCCCUCAGCGGUGGAUCAGACUUCUACUCCCACGACUACAUGAAUCUGUGCUCUCCUGUGCGAUUUUUCAAGACUGCAUGGGCAGGAUGGUGGUGCUAAUGCAGAGCUAUAAUAUUGUUAGGAAUAGUUUUUUUUUUUAAAUUUUAUUACCAACGCUAUAGUUAUCCUUUAAAGUGGUACUGCAGCUGUAUAGUUAUACUGCAUCUGUAUAGUUAUACUGCUGGACUGUUUGUGUCACACUAUGGUCUUUUGAUCUGAUAGCAAACUCAUAGAAAGGGUCUGCUCCUUUGAGUUGGUUAUCCAAGAGGUUUGUUAAAGCGGCACUGUCAUGCCGAACUUACCUUUCCUCAAUCUCUUCUUCUCCCCCUCUCUCAGGAUCUGUUCUUCUUUUCUUCCUGUCUUCUUUAGUUUUCUUUAAAAUCAUAAGACAAAGUAGGGACUCUUUGCCUUAUGGAGGAUUCCUCCGCUUGACCAGCUCUGACCAGCGGAGGAGCACAGUGUGCUUCAUUUCCGCUGGUCAUAGCUAUUUUCCCAUAAUUCUCACCUUUCCUCUGUGUUCCCGCGAUGCUUCCUGUCACUUUACACGAAACUGCCGAAUUGAGUUCUAACUGAAUGAGAACAGUUCGGUGCUUUAUUCGGAUCGCAAUUUCAUUCGAAUGAAUGAAACUCCGAUCCUAUUCUUGCUGUGGCUGCACCUUGUAGCUGCUUAGUAGAUAACUCCCUAAUUCCCACGGUAUCAGGGAGUUAUCUACUAAAAGGCUGAAAGACCUAAAUUGGUCUUUCAGCCAACUUUACUAAUACUAAGUAAAGGUUACUUAGUGUUAGUAAAUAAUAUGCCCCUACUCGCUAUACCGCGAGUAGGGACAUGUCUGGUAAACAGUGAGCAGCCUGUGGCUGCUCACUGUAAAAAAAAAACAAAAAACAAAAAAACUAUUGGCCCCCACCCCUAAACGACGGGUGGAGGCCCUAAAGUAAAAUAAGGGGGGAGACCAAAUGUCCCGCCCCCACCCCUGCGCGGUGGGUGGGGGUCAUAAUGAUAAUGGGGGACGACCUACUGUCUUACCCCCCCGGCACCCACCCCUGCGCGGUGGGUGGGGGCCAUAAUGAUAAUGGGGGACGACCUACUGUCCUGCCCCCACCCCUGAGCGGCGGGUAGGGGCCAUAAUGAUAAUGGGGGGGACCUACUGCCCCCACCCCUGGGCGGCGGGUGGGGGCCAAAUGAUGAGGGGGGGGACCUACUAUCCACCACGCCUCCGGCCCCCACCACUGGGCGGCGGGUGGGGGCCAAAUGAUAAUGGGGGGAGGGGGGGACCUACUGUCCACCCCCCUUCGGCCCCCACCCAUGGGAGGCGGGUGGGGGCCAUAAAGAUAAUGGGGGGGACCUACUGUCCACCCCACCCCUGGGCGGCGGGUGGUUGCCAUAAAGAUGAGUGGGGGGGACCUACUGUCCUCCUCCUCCCCGGCCCCCACCCCUGCGCGGUGGGUGGGGGCCCUAAGUCAAUUCCCCCCACCCGCUCGGGAUUUUUUUUAUUUUAAAUUUGACGGUUAUGAUGGUUUUUUUAUUUGGCCUUUUUUGGAGAUGAAAAAUGAAGAUUUGAGAAAAAAGAAGACGUCGAAUGGUAAGUUUAAUUUUAUUUUACAGGUUAGUUAUUUUAUUCCCCCCUCACUAUUUAUUAGGGUGAGGGGGGUAGGUAGGGACUUUUUAUUUGGGUGGGGGGGUGGGUGAUUAGGGGCUUGGGGACCACUAGUCACCUUGAGUGGGGGGGGGGAAUGACUUGGGGCCCCCACCUGCCGCCCAGGGGUGGGGGCGGGGGGGGAGGACAGUAGGUCCCGUCCCCCCCCCUCCUCAUUAUCUUUAUGGCCCCCACCCGCCGCCCAGGUGUGUGGGCCGGAUGGGGAUGGACAGUAGGUCCCCCGCCCUCAUUAUCAUUAUGGCCCCCACUCGCCGCGCAGGGGUUGGGGCUGGGGGGGGAGGAGGACAGUAGGUCGCUCCCCCAUUAUCAUUAUGGCCCCCACCCGUCGUUUAGGGGUGGGGGCCAAUAGUUUUUUUUUUGUUUGUUUGUUUUUUUACAGUGAGCAGCCACGGUAUAGCAAGUAGGGGCAUGUGGGAGAUUUUAAUCUCCCUUGUGCUGUUAUGGGGGUCAUAUUGACCCCCAUAGAGUGAGGGGGGGUCUUGGGGGCUUAUGAAGUGGCAGGGAGCACUGCUCCCUGCCGCUUCUAUAGUUACAUAUUACAAGGAGGGAGCUGUGUGCCGGUAGCUCCCUCCUUGUAAUAAACUGCACGAACAAACGAACACUGAUACAUAGUGUUAGUUUGUUCGGCUGAUCUUUCUAUUCAUUCAUUCAUUCUGUCUGUCUGAUGAAUGAAUAGAUUAAAUUCCCGUUCGCAUGUCCAGGUGUUUCACUGGUCAUGUGCGGGAAUCUCACAGUCUAUCUAGUGUGGGCUGAUGACGUGUCCCACAGGGACUUCACCUACCCACACAAAGAUGGUGGCGCCCUGAAUAAAGAUCGGGGCAGAAAAUAAAGAAUAAAAUAGGUAAUGUGGGGGGCUUAGGGGCAUCUGGGGGUGACUAGGGUGUUAAUUAGAUGUAGUGGAGGCCGGAGGGGGGUUAAAAAAAAACCAAAAAAACAGGAUUCGGCAUGACAGUGCCGCUUCAAAUAAUUGUUGGAAAAUAAAUAUUAUUAAGCCAAUUAGUUUAUUAUUUUUUUUAUUAUCAAUCUCAAGAAUAUAAUGAACUCCCCUUUUUCAACUGGUGUAGCAAUAUUUACAUACUACGGGUAUUUGAACAGAUGCAUUGGAAAUUCAAAGUUGUACAAUAAAUAGCCACUUUUUUUUAAAUAGAAGAAAAGAUUGCACCUUAGUCAAGGGAUAAAACAGCAUGAACUGUUAUGUUAUACAUAAGCAGGGAGCCUCUGUGAUAAAGUUACAAGUAUGCAGUCUGCCCUGAUCGUCAGCAGUUAUUCUGGGCAUUAAGUUUUUAUAUGUAAUUGGCAGUGCCCUGUACCAGUUUUAUACAAUGCUAAACUCUCGGAUUGUUAUAGUAAUGAGACAACUUAACUGCCUUACUGCUGCCACACCUGUGUGACCCACUGUGCCAGUGACUGCAAAACAGCAUGCAUCUCUAUAUUUGUACAACUAAGUUUGGCUUUUAAAGGGACACUAUAGUCAAAAAAUAACUUUAGCUUAAUUAAGAAGUUUUUGUGUAUAGAUCAUUCCCCUGCAGUAUCAUUGCUCAAUUAUCUGCCAUUUAGGAGUUAUAUCACUUUGUUUAUGCAGGCCUAGGCACUCCUCCCUGCAUGUGACUUACACAGCCUUCCUAAUCACUUCCUGUAAAGAGUCAUCUAAUGUUUAUACUAUCUUUAUUGCAAAUUCUAUUUAUUGUAUAAUUUCUUAUAUCCUGCUCUGUUAAUAGCUCUUGCUAGACUCUACAGGAGCCUCCUGUAUGUAAUUAAAGUUUAAUUUACAGAGCAGAAGAUACAAACUUUUAAAGUAAGUUCCAUCUGAUUGAAAAAAAUUUCAUGCAGGCGGUCAGUCACAGCCAGGGGAGGUGUGGCUAGGGCCUCAUAAACAGGAACAAAGUGAUUUAACUCUUAAAUGGCAAAGAAUUUAGCAGUGAAACUGCAGGGGCAUGAUCUAUACACUAAAACGGUUUCAUUAAGCUAAAUUUGUUUUGGUGACUAUAGUAUCCCUUUAAUAAUACCCUAACACAUUUACUUGUCCUUUUGCAGCAGGAAAAAAAGUCUUUAGCGUUUAACAAAGUUUAUACAGUACUUAAUACUACUGCCCUUUUAUUUUUAUGAACUUAAUAUUCGGGAAAGGUGUCUAAAGUAAAAGGCGGAAACCAAUGCCUAACUUUUGUUUUCUCUUCCCAGGCCUUUCUGAACCUCCACCUACUGACAACAGUUCUGUUCAAAAUAGUUACGAUACAAUAGAAGGCGGUGGAUACAUGGGUAAGGUACCCUGCACCCCCUCCCCCAAAUGUAUUAGACAUCAAAGAAUGGUUUUAUGUAGCGUUUUAUUUUGUAAAUUUUAAAUGUAAAGUUUGUAAUCAAAUAUUAAGUCAUGGUAUAGCUGUUUUGCAAUACUGUUAUUUAAAUAUUUGAUCAAACCUCCAUAAUGGAUACAUUAUUGUUCAUGUGUGACAGUGCAUUUUAACUUAAGAAAACAUAUUAAUUUUAAAGGUUAUUAUGCUUACACUGUUAACUGCGAGAACACCUUUCAGUUCCAUCUAAAGGAGGCGUGCAAGAUCAGGUAAGUACCUGUUACUUACCUGAAGAUCUUGGGUGUCUCCUUUAGAUGGUCACUGAAAGGGUUCUCACAGUUAGUAGUGUAAGCAUAAUUUGGUUGUGCACAGUUGCAUUGGCAUCAGACUCCAAUAUAAUCUUUGUUUUAACCUGAUUAAAAAUUAAAUAAAAAUCUCAUGCAGAAGUGUACUGCUGAGUACACCAAAUAAUUUUUUUAUUUUUUUUUACAUAUUGUAGGAAAUCUAUUGGUGUAAUGCAUGUAUUAAAUCGGCAGCAUUGCAAAAUGAUUGUUUUUCUCUUUGCAAACUGUUUAAGGAUUAGCUAGCUUAAAGGGACAUUUUAAGCACUAACACAACUUUAGCUUUUUGAAGAAGUUGCGGUGUAUAGAUCAUGGCCAAUAAAUCUUUCUGCUAAAUUCUCUGCCAUUUAGGAGUUAAAUCAUGUCGUUUGUGUAGGCCUAGACACAACUCUCCUGUCUGCGACUUAGUGUCCCUUCAUACUUCCUGUAAAGAUAAAUCUAAUUUUUUCUGCUUCCUUUAUUGCUCAGUGUGUUUAAUAUAUAAUUUAUCACGUGCUCUCUUCGUAGCGUGCUAGAGCACACAGGAGCCUUAUGUGUGUGACUAAAGUUCAACUAACAGAGUCUCAGAAAUAUGUUUAAAAACGUGAUUGAAAAUGAAACUUAUUUAUUUAUUGCCCAUUUUGGCUCUGUAAAUCACUGCUGGGGGGUGUGUGGUUAGGGCUGCAUAAACAGAAACAAAGAUGAUUUGUCUCCUAAAUGGCAGAGAAUUGAGUAGUGAGACUGCAGGGGCAUAAUCUGUACACUAAAACUGAUUCCUUAAAGGACCACUCUAGGCACCCAGACCACUUCAGCUUAAUGAAGUGGUCUGGGUGCCAGGUCCUUCUAGGGUUAACCCAUAUUUUUAUAAACAUAGCAGUUUCAGAGAAACUGCUAUGUUUGUGAAUGGGUUAAGCCUUCCCCUAUUUCCUCUAGUGGCUGUCUCAUUGACAGCCACUGUCAAUUUUUUCACAGUGAGAGCACGCCAGCGUCCAUAGGAAAGCAUUAUGAAUGCUUUCCUAUGUGACCGGCUGAAUGCAUGCGCAUUCAGCCGACGGAGAGGAGAAGAGUAUGUUUUCCUGGCACUAUAGUGAUCCUUUAAGCGAAAGUUGUUCUGGUGCCUAUAGUCUACCUUUAAAAUAUAUUUGAUAUUUAACAUGUCUGAUGAGAGUUCUUUCUUUUAUUAUUAUUUCUUCAAAAUACAGGAAUGGUUCAUCCAACUCAGAUUCCUCCACCUCAAAAUCCUAAAAUGACUAGGAAUGUAGGUGGUACUUACCCAUCAUUACCACCUGGUUACCAGAAUGUAUUUCCAGCAGGAGGACCCGGGCUGACACCUGCUUCUCGGCAAUAUCCAACUAAGCCACAACAAUUGCCUCAGGUGCAUGUUUCAGUAGUAACUUAUAAUUUGUAUUUAUUUUUUUUGUUUUACAUUAAGCUGUCACUGUGCUGCUAUAGAGGUUUAUGCAGAUACAUCUUGUGAUGAAUAUCUGACAAUAAAUAGAUUAAAUUAAAACUACAACUGUUUUUAAAAUCAUCUUUAAAGGAACAUUUAUAGGGUCAGGAAGACAAACAUGUAUUCCUGACCCUAUAGUGUUAAAACCAUCAAGCCCCGUGGCCCCCUCUUGUCUCACUAAAUAUAGUAAAAUCUUACUUUAUUCAAUUCUGAAGCUGCUGUCUCUGCCUCUGAACUGCCUCUGUUUGCUGGCAUCAUCAGAAGUGGUGGCACAAGCCAAUCACAAUGCUUCCCCAUAGGAUUGGCUGAGACUGUCAAUGAGGUAGAUCAGGGGCAGAGCCAGCACAAGUCAAUUGCGAGAAGAUGGAAAAAUGAUAGAGAAGUUCCUUGGGAUCAAGUUAGAGCCCAGCUUAAGUUUCAAGUAAAAAUGGAAGUGUUAUUGAGCAAACAAAAAUUAAGUAGGAAAACAACAAUGUGGACGAAAUGUUGGGAGAAGAUUGAUAAAUAGAGGGUUUUUUUUUUUUUACAUAAAUUUAAAGUGAACACUGAGGCUGACUGUUAAUGCUUUGGACAAUAUAAUAUAUAUUAUGAGACAAAACAUAUAUCUUUUCUCGAUGAGUUUCUUCCCUUCUCUCUUGCUGCACUGUCUUGUUUAUGUAGAUGUGUAAGUCUAAAGUAUUGUUUGUUUUUGGCUAAUUGAAAUGUAUAAGGAAACAUCUUAUGGAUGAAUAUCUUAAAUAGGAAAUUGUUUCUUUACCAUUUGUAUGUAAUUGUUGUAUUGUAUUGUCUUUUUUUUAUGGAUAAAAAAAAAAAAGGGGGGGGGGAACCCUUUAAAUAAAGAUUAUAAUAAAAACAUCAAGCCCCGUGGCCCCCUCUUGUCUCACUAAAUAUAGUAAAAUCUUACUUUAUUCAAUUCUGAAGCUGCUGUCUCUGAACUGCCUCUGUUUGCUGGCAUCAUCAGAAGUGGUGGCACAAGCCAAUCACAAUGCUUCCCCAUAGGAUUGGCCGAGACUGUCAAUGAGGUAGAUCAGGGGCAGAGCCAGCACAAGUCAAACACAGCCCUGGCCAAUCAGCAUCUCCUCGUAGAGAUGAAGUGAAUCAAUGCAUCUCUAUGAGUAACAUUCAGUGCCUGCAUGCAGAGGGUGGAGACACUGAAUGGCAGUGCUGCUUAUUCUGUAGCACUGCCCAAGGAACCACCUCUAGUAGCCAACUGAAAACCCAGUGUUUACAACAAAAAGCCUGUAGGGCAGGAUUCUACUCACCGGAACAAGUGCAUUAAGCUGUAGUUUUUCUGGUGAUUAUAAUGUCCCUUUAAAAGUCCUGCAACAGUUUUUGUUACUAGAGUACAUAUUGUUCAUAUACAUUGUGAUUUUAGAGGAAUCGGUAGACAUAUCGAAAGUAGUGUUGUUCAAAAUUGAACUCAGACCACCUACAUGUCAGGGUUUGAUGAGCUCUUUUCUGAAAAAUUAGUAUCUAAUAAAAUGAGUAAGCCAUUGGUAUACUUAUCUUUGCUAAAGACAGGGCCACUGUAAAACUAUGCCUCUUUAGGCUCUGUGAAAAAGCUGAAACGAAGGAAGAUAUUUCUGUGAAAGUUUAGUUAAUAAUAUGGUGAUCAUUUUCCAUUCCUGCAUUAUGAAAACUUAUCAUGUUUGAAAAUAGAUACAUAUAGAUUUUGGAGUACAAAUGUUUUCAUGUUAAUUUUGAAACCCAUGGUGAUUUCUUUUGGAUUGGUUUAGUUUUACCUUUUUGGGGGGCUUCUUAAACCACUGUGGUACUGAAUUAAUAGUCUAAUUCCUGCUUGAUUUCAAAUUAGCCUUCCAUGGGAGUCAAUGAUUUGACAUCAUCAGUUGGCGGACUAAGCCUUCAUCAUUCUCAACAGCUGGAUGAUCUAAGAGCUGUGAAUCUUCUACAGGAGAGAAAUAUAUUGCCACAGACCCCUGUGCAAGCACCUACGCCUUGUCUCCAGGAGGACAUUCAGAAGCUCAACUGCAGCCCAGAGUGAGAUAUUGAAUGCACAUUUUGGAAAAUAUUUCGGCUUAAAGGAACACGAAAUAGCUAUAUCAUGAUACUACCUAUUUAGAUAUCAGUGUGGCUGCUCUGCCAAUAAUCAGUCCUCAUGGUCACGUCUACUCCAUUGCUUCCUAUUUGGGAGGUUAGUGUGCAUGUGCAGCAAAUUACUGCACUGCACCAGUCAGCAUCUCCUCAUUGGCAUGCAUUGCCUCAAUGCACUCUGUGGGGCACAUUUAGUGUCUCUCAGUAUGUCUGUCUUUGGGCAGCAGUGUUAACACUGCUUUUUCAAGAAAUAUGCAGUGUUUACACUGUUGAGGCUUUUAGGGACAGGCCAAUUGCCUCAGAACAACUGCAUUAAGCUGUAGUGCUUCUGAUGCCUUUUAAUGAAAAAUAUUAGGCCCCAAGUCUAUGGGGUCUAUUCACUAAAAGCCUAUUUUGAGUUUACAAUUUCAGGUGACUUAAUUUGUCUCAAUUCACUAAUAACUGAAUACUACAAAAGUGAGCCAUAAAAAUUCCUACUGAAUUUCCCAUUUUAGUGAAUAGGAUGAGAGUGAAAGUAUACUCACACAGCUGUAAUUCAUAUUUUUGUGCCAAUGUAACAAAACCCUUUAAUGUGUACUUUUCUUAAAGGACCACUCUAGGCACCCAGACCACUUCAGCUUAAUGAAGUGGUCUGGGUGCCAGGUCCUUCUAGGGUUAACCCAUUUUUUCAUAAUUAUAGCAGUUUCAGAGAAACUGCUAUAAUUAUGAAUGGGUUAAGCCUUCCCCCAAAGCCUCUAGUGGCUGUCUCAUUGACAGCCACUAGAGGCGCUUGCGUGCUUCUCACUGUGAUUUUCACAGUGAGAGCACGCCAGCGUCCAUAGGAAAGCAUUGUAAAUGCUUUCCUAUGAGACCGGCUGAAUGCGCGCGCAGCUCUUGCCGCGCGUGCGCAUUCAGCCGGCGGGGCGUAACGGAGGCGGAGAGGAGGAGGAGAGCUCUCCGCCCAGCGCUGGAAAAAGGUAAGUUUUUACCCCUUUCCCCUUCCAGAGCCGGGCGGGAGGGGGACCCUGAGGGUGGGGGCACCCUCAGGGUACUAUAGUGCCAGGAAAACAAGUAUGUUUUCCUGGCACUAUAGUGGUCCUUUAACAAAUUAGCUACCGCAAUAAACAGAUAAUGUGAAACAGGGUAUUACUCUGGCACCAGUAGCAGAUUCUUUUAUUUAAUCUUAAGAUAAACAUUCCCUUAUGAUCUUUAUCGUGGGAAACUAGAACUUUGUUCAAUGGUGAACAUAUAAAAUGUGUCUUCAGGAACAAAAUCUGCUUGUUAAAACUUGUCUUUCCUUCAUUAAAGAUUAUUUCGCUGCACGUUGACCAACAUCCCUCAGACUCAAGCUUUGUUGAAUAAAGCCAAACUUCCCUUGGGGCUUCUUCUCCAUCCUUUCAAAGAUCUGUCGGUAUGAGGACAAUUUAUAUUUUCAAAAUUAUACUGUUUUUGUAAUGUGAAAUAUACAGUUUACUUUGUUAAACCCUUAAGGACCAAGACAAUUGUUUGUUUUAUAUUAAGAGCACCCACACUUAUUUAUCAUUUUGUUCAGGAGCACAUCAAAUAUUUAUAUAUAAAACAUAAUUUAAAAUGAAUACAAUCUAAGAAGUUUAAGAAAAUUUUAUUUUCCAAGUUCUGUUUUUAACUGUCAAUGUCAGUAAGCUUUUUCUGCAAUCAAGCACACAUUUGUAUGCUAUUCUCUCUCACGAGAACAGCAAUGUCCCCAUAUACAGGUUUUAUGGUGUUUUGGAAAGUUACAGGGUCAAAUAUAAAGCUUGCCCACCUCGGUUUUUACAUUUGGCAGAUUGGUUUCAUGGGCCUAUGUUGCCUGUGACGCUAUAUGGCAGACCAGGAAUAAAAAUUGCCCCAUCAUGGCAAUCCAUUUGCAAAAGUAGACAACCCAGGGUAUUCUAAAUGGGGUAUGCCCAGACUUUGUUAGUAGUCACUUAGUUGCAAAACAUGGUCAAAUUUAAUGUUCUGAUUUGUUGUUGUUUUUUUGGGGGAGGGUGAGUGGGAGGUGGGGUUAGGUUGCAAGUCACUUAUGCACUAACCACUUUAAAUCUCGUUCUAAUGAAAAGUCCGAACGGUGUCAACAGGUUAAAUUUGUAUUUUGGCAUCCCUGUAAACUAUAUAAAAGUAAAAUUGCCUACAUUUUACUACUUAAUCCCUUAAGGACACAACUUUUGAAAUAAAAGGGAAUCAUGACAGAAUAUUUCUAUCAUGUGUGCUUAAGGGGUUAAUAUUGUAAUCUUAAACAAUAAAUCUUAAAUCUUUCAUUUAAAAAGCUUGGUGGAGACUUCAAUAAUAAACAUAACAAUUUAUCUCUCUGCCAUAAGAAAAGGGGCCAAUGUGUUUAAUGUCUUUCUUUACAAAGCCUUUGUGUACAUAAAACUAUUAAAGGGGGUACAUUGUUACAGCUAUAUGCCAAGAAAAUGUUAGUGGUUUUAAAAUUGAUAUGUCACAAAGUGACUUUUCAUUACUCUAGUUUAAGCACAAAAUACUAAUGUAAACACUUGAUUACAAGUACUAGGUGUAAUGUUAUACCUGUGAAAAGAAGUUUGUUUUCUAAUGUAACCUAUGGAUAUUUUUUCCCUUUUAUCGUAAUUGUGAUUGUUUUUUCCCAGCAACUUCCUGUUGUCACUUCAAGUACAAUAGUCAGAUGUCGGACCUGUCGGACUUACAUAAAUCCCUUUGUCACAUUUUUGGACCAAAGGCGAUGGAAGUGCAACAUAUGCUACAGAGUAAACGACGGUAAGUUUGGAUAAAUUUAUAUUGUUAAAUAUAGUAAUUCCGUCUUUUAGGUUUAUUAGAGCUUCUGUAGACAGCAAUAAUGUAAAUUUAAAUUGGCGUAUAAUGGUUAUGUUCUGCAAGAUUUGUUUGCAAAAUCAGUACUGGGAUUUGCUUUGUGGGGGUUUAAGGAAAAGAGAUGAGAUAUUUUAGUUUAAAUGUUUUUCACAUAGGAUUACCAACAUGUGCGAUAUGUCAUACUCCAUUUCUGUCUUUGCUUUUUGGUUGUGAUAUUUUAGUCCCUGAAGAGUUUAUGUACAAUCCUGUAACCAGAGUUUAUGGAGAGCCUCAUAAAAGGCCAGAAGUCCAGAAUGCCACAAUUGAGUUUAUGGCACCUUCAGAAUACAUGGUAAGCAGACUUUUAGUGACAUUGCUCUUAGAUAUAUACUAAUUUUGUGAAAAUAUGACCAAGUAAUCUUUUCAGUACUAAUACUGUACUGCUCCUGCAAAUGAAACCUUCUGUCUGCUGCCAGGUUGAUUACAACUCUAGUUAAAGGGCUUUGCAUCAGUACAUGCAACUGAAGAGAAGAGAAAUGCAUAAGGAGCACAGAGCCAACAGUGCUCAUGUUUAAGAUGCAAAUAUAACUUUUGCAUAUGGUUUAAUUUCCACAGGCUACCUUGCGUAUUGUAGGUGAUAUAGCCACAUAUAGACAUAAUAUAAACUGUAUGUUGGCUUUUUAGUAUCUCUAUUCGCAAACAAAACUACAUAGUUUACUGUUUUGUUUUGGUUUUUUUUAAGGAUUCCUUGUAUGAUUUAUUUUAAAUUCCCUACACCCCCUCUCCCCCCCCUCGAGUUUAUAUAAAUGUUUAUUUUAAAUAACUUCACCUAGUCUACUGAAUAUUUAUAUAAUUUUUGUCUUUUAAUUAUAUUUCUUUUUUGUAGUUGCGUCCCCCACAGCCUCCAGUGUAUCUGUUCAUGUUUGAUGUAUCUCACAAUGCAAUAGAGACUGGCUACCUGGACACAGUUUGCAAGACUUUGCUAGACAAUCUUGACUGGUAGGUAUUUUAAAAAAGGAUUGCGUGCUUAAUGUAUAAUCUAGACCAUAAAAAGCCAAACCAUGCAAUAGAAUUUUAAAAAUGGCACUAUACAUCAAUGCAGUUUUAUGUUCAUACUGUAGUAGCAUAGCAUAGAACUCCUGGGACAUUUGUUUAUUAUUGAAAAAAAAAUCUUAAAGGAACAUUAGUGUUAGGAAUACAAACAUGUAUUCCUAACACUAUAGAACCCUUCUAUGUACUUGGGUUACCCCCUCCAUAGAGGAGGUGAUUUUACUUACUUUUUCUGACUUGCAGCUCUGGUCUCUGCAUUGGCAUCCUCCCUUGUUGGCUGAGAUCAUCAAAACAGAUGAUCUCAGCCAAUCCAAUGCUUUUACAUAUUAAAGCAUAGGGGAGGCUAGUGUACAUGCACCAAUCAGAUGGUUUCUUUGAGACUAUCUGAGAGAAACUGCCAAUGUUCUGAUCCUUUUACUGGAUUGAUUAAAUAAAAAUGUGUCCUCAAGUAUAGAACCCAGUGCUGUUUCUUCACUUGUUGACUUUUAUGCUUGAAUUUUAGGCAUUUUGUAAAAUUGAAAAAUAAGGAAAUACUUUAUACAGUCUAAAGCUGUUCAUUCCUUAUAAAUGUCUAAUGAAGGGGUUAAGAGUAUUGAAGCAGCUGAAAUUAAAGCAAAGUGGUGUUCUAAGUUGCAAUGCCUGGCCUUUAACCUAUACAUACUACAAGCUUCUGUUGCCGUCUUACAUUUUGAAAGAUGUAGACAUAUUCUGUUGGAUGAAGUCAUGAACUCUUUCAUGACAAGCGGAUGGCAAAUCCUGGCAGUCCUAGCAAAGUACAUGCCUUCAAUAAUUAAGUGACUGCUUCACUCCACAAGUAUGUUCUUUAAAGGUCCCUAAACAUUUCCCAAUCCCUCUUUUGCCACUGUCCAUUGAGGAACCACAGUCUACACAGAAUCCUUUGAGUGCCACUGGAGGUUUGGAAUUCUCAAGAUCCAAUGUUAACACAGCGGACAUAAGCAAGCACAGGCAUUGCACACAGAUAAUGGAACUAUAACAACAACUCUCAUUUAUCUGACCAAGCAUUUUGUCUUGCUCCACUCUUAUAACAUGUUUAUGACAUCUUGCUAAUAACUGCAUUUUUAAAAGAAAUUUAAGCUAAUUAGAAAAUUUAGUUUUUGGUUUGUUUGUGGUAAGAUUUCUGCUUGAUAAUUUACCUUCCAAAUUACAUCCCACAGGCUUCCUGGAAACACGAGGACAAAGAUUGGCUUCAUCACAUUUGAUAGCACAAUCCAUUUCUACAGUCUGCAAGAAGGAUUGUCACAGCCUCAGAUGUUAGUGGUAUCAGAUAUUGAUGGUAAGUAUCUCUUUAAUUCAUUUUAGAAAAAUAAAUUGAUUACUUUUUUCCUUUAAAAUUGAAACUACCUGGACAGUGAGAAAAACUCACAUUUUUUUAUUUUAAAUAAGUUAUUUCAUUCUGAAUGUAUUUCCUUCACUGCUAAUCGAAACACAUUUUUGUCUUAUUGCAGAUGUUUUCAUCCCUAUGCCUGAAAAUCUGCUGGUAAAUUUGAAUGAGAGCAAAGAGGUAAGACAUUUUGAAUGGUAAAGGAAUACUAUGGGGUCAUAAACACAAACAUGUUUUCAUGAUACUAUAAUGUUAAAAACCCAUGAUAGCACAUUUGCCCCCCAAUCCUGUUGACUCCUUUCAUGACAAGCAAAAAGCCAGCAGGGACUGACUGUGCUCACCCGAACAACUACAUUAAGCUGCAGUUGUUCUGGUUACAAUGUGUCUUCAGGCAACAGGAUAUGCAGUGUAGUGCUAGUUUAAUUAGGAGGAGCUAUCAUGUUAACUGUGUACUAUGCCAAUUAUUAAAGGGGUCAUAAUCUUGCUGUUAAACUUUAAAAUUAUCUCUCUCCUUAGCUGGCAGUAAUUGGAGAUUGCCUCUUGUUUGGUUUUAUUUGCUAGUGCAAGAUAGCAUUGAGCUGAAGUGAGAGAUGCUAAGCAGGUUACUUUUCUGCUUUAGUCUUUAAGCAGAUUGGUAUCAAGUCAGAAGUGUACAAUAAACAUUUUGUGCCAAACUUUGUAACUGGCUGAGAAAUUUAGUUGGCUCAGAAAUAGUUAUUCUGUUUUUAAUUCUAUUUUUUUUAAAUAAAAUUAACCAUAUUUUUUUGAUUGUUUGUUUUUUAAACAGCUUGUUCAAGACUUGCUAAAGAACCUGCCACAGAUGUUCACAAAGUCAGCAGAAACACAAAGUGCUUUGGGACCUGCAUUGCAAGCAGCAUACAAACUAACUUCACCCACAGGUGGACGCAUAUCUGUCUUCCAAACACAAAUUCCAUCUUUGGGAACAGGAGCAUUGAAACCAAGGGAAGAACCAAACCAAAAAUCUACUGCAAAGGUAUUAUUAAAAAUAGCAUAACUUUGCAGACCAUGGGGCUUCUUCCUCUGCUCAGCUAAACCAAAUUGCCCCCUUUUGUUUUCAAGUCCCUUUGGGUUCUGGGUGAAUAUUUCCACUUAUAACACUAGUUUUCCAACACUUGUAUGUUCUUUGUUCGACCUACUUUGAUGUUUUCUUUCUAAAUGCUUUAAAUGUAACUCUUUGUACAUGGACUGUAAGCUCAUUUGAGCAGGGUGCUCUUUAGCCUAUCAUUCCUGUAAGUUUUUUUGUAAUUGUCCUAUUUAUCGUUAAAUCCCCCCUCUUACUGUAUUGUGAAGCACUACGGAAUAUGUUGAGGCUAUAUAAAUGCCAAAAAUAAUGAUAAUAUACAGACUAAGCUUAAACUUCUCCCCCAUUCAUGGAUCUGGGAGCUUAUAUAAUUAUAAAACCAUUACAGCUGGGUCACCAUAUGUAUUAAUUUAAAUUGCCUAUUACAGUCCUCUGAAUAUACAAGCACUUUGCACAGAGGGUUACAUUUGAAAAUUUCCUUAGAAAUUGUUACCACAUUACAAAUGUUUUUAAUGCUUGCCAGCAAUCUGUGCUUUUGUUACUAUAUAUAUGGUUUUUUAUAUGUCACAUCUUCUCUCCUUUCUUUUUUAAAAUAAGAUUGAUCAUUAAUAUCUGGGAUCUGUGUGUGUGUGUAUGUAUAUAUGUAUGUAUGUAUGUGUGUGUGUGUGUGUGUGUGUGUAUAUAUAUCUUGCAUGUAUAUGUGUAUGUAUAUAUUUAUUAUUUUUUUUUUAUUAACUAAAAUUAUGGAAAACCUUUGUACUUGCCAGAUUAAAAUUAUGGAAAACCUUUGUACUUGCCAGAUUGCAGACCUGGUUGUAACACUCUUUCUUACCACAUAUCCAAGCCCUUUUUACUCACUGUGGGGCAAUCUGGACUUUCUGGCCGGCUCUAGGGACCAUCCUGCUUGCACCCUUCCAGACUGGCCUUGUCCAAGAGCCAAGCAUGUCUUGAUGGCAUCCACACAAGAUGGAUUCAUUGUGGACUUUUCUGCCAGAUCAAUCUGAGUCCUUCUUGCACUCCCUCAUACACAAGCAUGUCCAAAAUAUGUAACUGCCAUUCCAGCUCAGCAAUGCAUGUUGCUCUCUUUAACACCCUCUGAGACAAUGCGCAAAGUCAUUGCCCCACCACUAAAAUGUAUCUCUCUCAUUUACUCAAUGUUGAUACUCCCUACUGUGGUGGGAGUAAGUGCUGGGAAUGACACUGAAUGACGCUCUUGGUUAUCAAUUAUUAAUUGUAUAUUUUUUUUUUUAUUAUAUAUUUCUUGCUUAAUUUUCUUUUCUUAUUGAUGGUCAAGUGUGAUGUCGGUUCUGAAAUAUUGUGUUGCUCCUGCUGAAACUCCUGAAUUUGCUGAUUCUCCUGUUCUACACUUGAGUUUAUGUAACCUAUGAUAUUGGGGAUGUCAGUGAGUUUCUGAUUUUUAGCAAGUUUAAUCUAAAUUUAAAAAAAUUUCAGGAAAUUCAUAAUCUGACACCGGCAACUGAUUUCUACAAGAAACUGGCUUUGGAUUGUUCAGGGCAGCAGAUUGCUGUUGACCUUUUCCUCUUGAGCGGUCGAUACUCUGAUUUGGCUUCACUCGGUAAGUUAAAGAGUAGAAGUGUUCUCUGUUGGAUGCUAAAAAUGUUCCUUCUUAGGUUUGCGUUAUGGUAUUUCUAACCUUUUUCUUAUUUUAGGUUGCAUUUCUAGAUAUUCAGCUGGGAGCGUGUUUUAUUAUCGUGCCUACCACCAUCAACGCAAUCCUGUACAAGUAGAAAAACUUCAGAAAGAGCUUAAACGUUACCUUACACGGAAGAUUGGUUUUGAGGCGGUCAUGAGGAUAAGGUGCACUAAAGGUUCGCAUUAUUUUCUCAGUUGUUUAAAAAUAAACCAAUAGUCUAUUAUCUAAUUGUCAAGCAUAGGAUAAGCAGUUCAUGAAAAGCCACUACUGAUAGACCUGAAUGUUUUUAGGUAAAACUAUAAGCACAUGGUGUUCUUGUAUUGGUUGAUUUUGUUCUAUAGAUCCAAAUUUAAGUUAAUUAAUUUUGUUUAUAAUUGCUACCAUGUCAGAUAAUGUGUACCCCCUGACGUUCUCUUCUCCCUUUUCAGGCCUUUCCAUCCAUACUUUCCAUGGGAACUUCUUUGUCCGAUCCACAGAUUUGCUGUCUCUCCCAAAUGUCAACCCUGAUGCAGGAUAUGCCGUACAAAUGUCAGUGGAGGAAAAUCUGACCGACACGCCUGUGGUGUCUUUCCAGUCUGCUCUCUUAUACACCUCCAGCAAAGGUUUUAAAACCUCUUUCUAAUACAAAAGCAAUCAUUAGUGGAUUGAGACCAAAUAACCAACCAAUGUAAAAAAAAAAAAAAAAUAUGAUAUACCCUAAAAUGCUUAUAUACUAGUGGAUCAAUGUUCCACGCUGGAUUAAUGCUUAAAUCUCACCCUUAAAAUAUUGCUAUAAGACUAUUCUAUUAAUAGUCUCCCAAAGUCUGAAAAUAAGGGAGGAAUGUACAGAAGUGCAAAUAAUGAAAAUGGAAGAUACAAUUAGCCAUUUUAAAUACAAAUGCCCUGUAUCAAUGUACAAUGCAAUUCAUAAUAAAUACCUUGGGAGAGAACAAAGUGACUGUUAGAAAAAGAGUUGAAAGAAAUGUAGGGGAUCAACAAAUCGUAUCUUUGUCUAGGGCAACCAAAUCCUUGCUACGCUACUAAUAUUGUGACUUUGUAUAUACUGAGCCAUUACCCAAUUCCAAAUGUUCCUUUUCAGGUGAGAGAAGGAUUCGUGUGCAUACCAUGUGCCUACCUGUUGUUCCAGUGCUAUCAGAUAUCUAUGCAGGGGCUGAUGUACAAGCCAUAACAGGACUUUUGGCAAAUAUGGGUAUGCAUUAAGAAAGUAAACCUGCAUUGUGUACAUAUUUCAUUUAUCACAAAUAAUGAUCAUGUUUAUUCGAAUACAAGCAUGUCUGUACAAUAUUUACUACAGACUAAACAAUGUAUGUACUGCUAAUUUGAGCUAAAUCAAGUUUGAGCUACGUGUUUUUUUUGUUUUUGUUUUUUUUAUCAUGCUUUUUUUGUGCUGUAAAUUCCUUGUAAUCCAUGUAAUUUGAUCUGAUUUGAUGGGUCUUCCCAAAUAUAAGUAGUUUGUUAUUCUAACAGGGCAUUUUCUUUAGAUUUCUAAUACAUUUUCUUUUCGUUAAUAUAUUCAAUCAAUAACAUGAGAUACAGAUCUCAGCAAAUGUAACUGUAUAUUUCUUGUAGCAUUAUUAAAUGGUUUAAAAUAUGCUGAGGAUAAUUGAGGCUUACGGUGUAUGUAAUGGUUAAAACUUCUGUUUAAACUUCAGAAUACUUCCAUUUUAGGAAACUAACUGAAUAUUGCAGAGCGCGUUUUGUCGUGCCUGCCCGAUAGCCUACCAGUGCUUGUCUAUGGGAAAGCAUUGGAUUUGCUGAGAUUAUAAAGUUUGAUUUCAAACAAGGGGGUGGAGCUUGGGCCGGGUCACGUUAAGUUCGCCACAGUGAGUAAAUCAUCUUUUUAACCAGAGGUUUGGGGGUUGGAGGCAGGAGCCUAAACCGCUUUUUAGACCUGUAGUGUCAAGAAUACAUGUUUAUAUUCCUGACAGUAUAGUGUUCUUUUAACCCUAUUAUAUGCGUGUUUUGGUUUAUACCUGAUUUCAGCAGACUGAGUAGUGGGAGUUCUAAAACUUUUAUUUAGUUGUGGAUGAGAGUUGUGCAAAGCAACAGACCCCUUUUUCUUUCUGUUCCACCAUCUGGUCCUUCAUUGCUCAAAAUAAAACUACAAACUGAAAAUGAAACUAAAUAAAAAUGCAAGGAAGGAAGGGGAAGGAGAAUUACUUUAAUUCAAACUAGGUUAGUGACAGUCAAGGGUAUCCAAGAACCCUAUUUAUUACUAAAAGAAACACUGGUGUUAAGAAUAAAAAGAUGUAUUAGUCCUGCUACCUGUCUAGUGGUCAUGUGCAACAAAACGUUGCGCUGCACCAAUCAAAUGCUGUUCUGUUACAUAGUUUAACUUGGUUAUAGCAGGGGAAGCAUCUGAGGAAGACAGAACAGCAAUGUAUUUUACAUUGCAAGCCUAUAAAGACAGGGGCACCAAGACAGCUUCAUUGUCAGUCUUUGUUGUCCCUUUAGGGUUAAUAUGACUUGGCAUAGGCUGUUGGAAAGAGAUUUACUUAAAGGGAGCAUUGGCACUUCAUUUCAGAGCAAAAACAAUACAAGAUUUUACUAAAGCAAGGAGCGGUUAAAUGCGUUAAAGUUGUGUUUGUUGCCAGAGUUUCUUUAAUAAUUCUUAAAGUCUCUUGGACCUAAUUCAAAGAUAUGUGGAGUAGUAAAUGUGUUUUUUUUUUUAAUUUUUUUUUUUAUAGCUGUUGAUCGAUCCAUUUCUUCAAGCUUGAGUGAUGCGCGUGAUGCUUUAGUAAAUGCUGCAAUCGAUUCCCUUGGUGCAUAUCGAAGCUCAGUGUUAACUGUUCAGCAGCCUGGCCUUUUGGCCCCUCGCUGUUUGCGUCUCUUUCCAAUGUUUGUUUUGGCUCUUUUGAAACAGGUUAGUGGGAUCUGUAUUUCUCUUGUUACAUAGUCUUGUAAGUACAUUUCUAAAAUAUAUUGAUAUUUACAUGAAAAUUGAAGUGUGCAUGUUAUAUACAAAUGUUAUAUAUAUAUGCAUGUUCUAUAUUGGUCUCCAAUUCUUGGUAACUGUUUAUUUCUUUACUUUAGAAAGCAUUCCAGACUGGGACAAAUGCAAGUUUGGAUGAGCGAACGUUUGCCAUGUGUCAGAUUAAGAGCCAGCCAUUGGCAUACAUCAUGCUCAUGAUCCACCCAAAUUUAUACAGAGUCGAUAAUCUGACAGAUGAGGUUUGUCAUUUUUUUUAAUAUAUAUCUGUUGUGUUUGAAUUGUGUCUGAUUUCAACAGACAUGGAAAAAAAGUCAAAGAAAAAUCCUUGAGAGAACAUAGAUGGAAAAAAAAGUUUGCGUUUGUAAAAACCUACUAUCUAAUACAUUUAUUAGAAAUGUCUUGUUUAGCUUAAAUAAAGAUGAAAAUAUUUCAGUGUAGUUUUUCUUUCACACUUGCUAUUUCCUUUUUAGUAUUUCUUCAUAAAGGUGAAAAUAAAAGUGAAGAGUGAGACAUUUUAAGAAAAACUAAAUGUUUAAUUUAGCUUUUAAAAAUAUUAGUAGUGCAUAUUUUCUGUCAUCACCUUACAGCUAAUAUUUACUUAAAUGUUUUUCUUACCCAGGGAGCUCUUAAUAUCAACGAUAGGACAAUACCCCAACCACCCAUUCUCCAGCUCUCUGUAGAGAAACUAAAUAGAGAUGGUGCUUACCUGAUGGAUGCUGGCACUGUAAGUACAUGUAUAAUAACGGUACAGUUGAGUCAAAAUUUGGGGGCAUGAGGAGGCUGGAGAACCACACAUAACUGAAAGGCCUGCCCAAUAAUGCAGUCUGACCAAGAUUAUAGUAAAUAGGUUUAUAAACAUUUAUUACAUACUUUGGCAGGCAGAUUGAAAAAUAACAUGUAAGAUCUAAAUUAAUGUUGUGUUAUUUCUCCAGCCAAGUUCCUGUACGUUGUGUUUCUGUUUUCAGUACACUUUUAAUUUGGGAAAGGUAAAAUGGAGCAUAUAUUACAGAGGAGUUUACCAUGAAGGAUUUAAUGAGUGUAUUGGAGCUGUGAUUCGCCAACUAUAAUAAGAGAAGCUUCAGGAGGCUGAUCAUAGUUUCAAUGGUGGGGACUUAGGAAAGACUGAGUCAAGAUGAAGAAGGGGGGAUAAUGACAGAAAGAUUAACACUUCAUGAAAAUAAAAGCUUUUUUUUAAAGUCCCCAUGUGGGUGCAAUUGUGUAAUUUAUAUGGUUACAAUUUCCAGAUAAAUUUAUUUUACAUUACUUUAAUGAACAUGAAUCAAGUUUUAGAUAUAGUGAGGGAAAUGACAAAUAACUGCUCACAAUUCAAAAUUUAAAGUGGAGAAAUUAGUCCGUCACUGUUGAAAGCAGUGUCCAUGUAUUCACUGUCUGUAAAAAAAAAAUAUAAUGUAAUUUAAUGUAUUAUUUAGGCUUUGUUGUUGUGGGUUGGACGCAACUGCAGCCAGAACUUCUUCACGCAAGUUCUUGGAGUCUCUAAUUAUGGCUCAAUGGCCCAAGAAAUGGUGAGAAUUUUCUUCUUUUUUUUUUUGCAGCCAAGUACAAGGUUUGCUAUUACAGUAGAAUGGUCAGUUCCCAGGAUUUUGUAUCAUUCCCUUCUCCAUUUUCCAAAUUUCCUGAUUAAACAAAUACCCCUGUAUCUUCUAUUUGGCCGUUAUAAGUUUUAUAACAAAUAUUUUUUUCAGUCACUGCCAUCAUGUAAUUCACAUCUAGUCAAAAUGAAUAAACAAAAUAUUUAGCAAAUGUGUUUUUCUGAAUAAAUGUUUGUGAAACUCACACUGCUGUAUUUAGCUCUAUCCAGUAACUGAUGCCUCAAGUUGGGCUCCCUGUCAGGCAUUGUUAUUUUGCCCUUUUAUUUUGUCAUCUUGUCAUUUGCAUUGUUUGCCAUGGCUUGUUUAAAGGGGUCCUUUUUAAGAAAGUGAAAAUGUUAAUGCUGGCAAUUUUCAGUAAGUUGUUUUGAAAGUUGGCAGCAAGCUAGUUGCUGUAAAAAUUUUAAUGUGCCUUUUCUUCCUGUGAUAGAACCAGCUGCCUGAACUUGAUACAGCUGAAUCUUCCAGAGCUGUAGCUUUUAUCUCUUGGCUUCGAGAGCAGAGACCUUUUUUCCCGACAUUACAUGUAAUCCGGUAAGUGAAGUCCUUUCUGGAUUGGCACUACAUUUGUGUUAAUUUUAUAGUUAUUUUUUUUACACAUAAUCACUGGGUACAUUGCAAGUGUCUGGUUUACAUUAUUGGAUUUUUUUCAAAUGCAGAUUUGACCUACAUAACAUAUUCCCUGUAGUAGUAAUAACAAUACCAUCUAAAAAAUAUAAUCUGAGAUUUUAGCUCAUAUUUUAUAUCAUGCCCUCUGCCUGGUCAAAAUAACUCUGUUGCCUUGUUGGGCAGUAUAAGUUUUCUGGAGGGGGCCCUCCAUCUUUUGUUACCUUUUGCCCUUGGACUUCCCCACUCUUCCCUUGGUGGUGAAAGAAAUGAGUGACCUCUGGGGAAAGGUGUGGGAACAUGUACAAUAAUGUAUUGAUUCAUUAUGUAUAAGGUCUCAUCUAAAACUUGAUUUAUGUGCAAUACAGUUCGAGAAUGUUGACAUGAUACAUAUAUAUCUAAUCUCUCUAGAGAUUUGAGUAGUGGUUUCUAUACAGGACGACAUAACUGGAGGUUGUAGUAAAUGCACGAUGUAGUCAUCAAGCAGUGGAAGCAGAGCCAAAUUCAGUUGAAGAGCUAAAAAAAGGUUUGAUAUGAUACACACAAGUAUCCUAAAUUUAGGAGGGAAAAUUCCUGUACUUAAAUUGACAGAUUUUAUGGGCCAACUGACUUUUGUCUGCCAUUUAAAUCUGUUUCUAUGCAAGUCUAUCACAUUUAUAAUGCUGGAUUUCAUAACAAAUUGUUUGUUUGUUAUUGUAAUAAACUAUGUUUUGUACUUGGAUGUGCAUUUCACAAAUUAAGCUUUUUUAUUUAUUUAUUUUUAUGCAGGGAUGAAAGCCCACUGAAAACUACAUUUCUCCAGAACAUGAUAGAAGACCGAACAGAAUCUGCCUUAUCAUAUUAUGAAUUUCUCCUCCACAUCCAGCAGCAAGUGAACAAGUAACACUGCACAGAGCCAACUACAAGAAGAUAUCCUUUCAGCAGGUCCAUACUGCAUAGUCUACAUAAUGCCUCUUCCGCAAUGUUUGUAGGCAAUAUGCGUUAAAAUGUGCAUACACUGUGAUUUCAACAACAAAAAAUAUCUAAUGAGAUGACUCUUUGGGGACUGGAAUGUGCUAGCACACACAUUGUAAUUUUAAAUGAGAUUUAGGGCAAAAUAAACAAUCAAACCUCUACCAAAUACUCAUCUGAAAUUUCUAGCAAGUUCCCUCAUGUUUGACAGAUGGGUAUGUAACACUACGCAGCAGUCUUCACUGGCACCAAAGGGUUCUCACAAUAUUCAGGAGGUGAUGAGAUGUUCAUAAAAUAAAAUUAGCUCUUUUUUCUUUUUUUUAACAGAAUAUUUUUGUUUGCCAUUAUCCAUAUUUUUUUUUUUUUGCUGCUAGUUUUACAGUCAUCAAUUGUAAGCAGUUAAAAUUCAUCUAAACUGAUUAUUUCAUAGAUUGGCCAAGAUAACUGUUUAUAAAACCAGAAGUUUAUCUUUUGUAAAGGUCUAUAGAUCCUCUUCACCUUAGGACCAAAGUGAGGAAAAGGCCGAUAGGAACUUAAUGAAGAAAACACAGGUGCAUCAACCUAUUCUUACUGGCAACAUCUCUGUGGAGCAGUUCUUGCUUUGAACAAAAUGCUGACUAAGGAGAUUAUUGUGUAUUGCUUUUUUUUUUUUGCCAUUCGGGGACAUUGGAAUUAUUUUGAUUUUACCAGCUUAUAAAUCAGCGGCAUAAAUGAUGAUAUAUUUCAUUUUAGACAAACUAGAAUAGGAGGAAAUCGUUUUAUGUAGUAAUGAUAAGAACCAAUAAAAAUGAGCAUAGUAUUUUAGAGAAUACAUCAUGCCUGAAAACGUGGUGGCCAUAGACUCCCCUCUUCUUGAGGGAGGAGUUCCAACCUCUAACAUUUCAGCACUCGUUCAAAAGUAAGUGGAAAACACCAUAAAAUCUGCACACUUGGUGGUGGAGCUAAAUACAAAGUUGAACUAAAGCUGACACUUCUUUGUUUUAACCACCCCCAGCCCGUGGUUGAUUUUUAGAGUAAACAAAGGUAAUACCUAAGCAUGCAUUAUCAUGGGUUUUUGUUUUUUUGCAUUGUUUUUUUUUUUUUUUCUCCACCCAGAAGACUCCUCUCUCUCAAUCCAUAACUUACAUACUGUGGUUCACAAAAUGCAUUUUAAUGCAUUUGUUUUCCAUAUACGAAGUUGAUAGUUUUAUUUAGAACCAAUGACCAGCAAGAUUUUGGGGCUAGGGGUGUGAUUGCUAAAGAAAAGAACAUAUUGUUUUGCUUCUUGUUCUUAUCUGGAAGAAAAAUCCAUUUUCAGGAAGGACAGAAUUAUAAAAUUAAUAAAGUAGAGACUAAAUGUAAUUUAUUCAUUAAACAUUUUUACUUAUUUGGUCCUGUAUGGAAGUGCACCUUUAAUUGUGUUGCAUUGAUCGGCUCCAUGAAAGAUGGAAUGGUUUAGACUGCUUUGCUAUGCAACAAGUCUUUCUGCCGUCCCUGUGUGUGUUAAAAGCUGGCACAAGUUUCUAUAUUAAUAACUCUAAUUUAUUGUGAUGUAAACAGAACAAAAUGUGUGUAAUAACCUGAUAUAGAUUUUCUUGUUUUAAUAAAAGGCACCUUUUAUUCUGGGAUUUCAUGUUAAUAAAGUUUUUAAAGAUUAAUGUUUCUCCCUUUGGGGUUUAUUUCCUAAACCAGGAAUUGUGGAGGAUUGACAGGGGAUUUGUAAAUCAUGAUAUUAAAUAUCAAUGCUGGUGGGGGGGUGGGUGGAGGGGGGAAGAAUUUUGGCAUAAGCCUAUACUAUUCCCUUCUCCAUUUUCCAAAUUUCCUGAUUAAACAAAUACCCCUGUAUCUUCUAUUUGGCCGUUAUAAGUUUUAUAACAAAUAUAUAUUUUUUUCAGUCACUGCCAUCAUGUAAUUCACAUCUCCUAGUGAAAAUGAAUAAAUAAAAUCACAGAAUUGUAAUCUCAUACUGCAACAUCUCUUCUUUUGAUAGAUGAAAUCAAUUUCAAUGUCAAAUUUUCUUUCAAUGCUAUUGGUAAUCACGUCAGGGGCCAUUUAUUGAGUUGACGUACAAUGCUGUAAUUCUCAAAGCUGUAGAAAAUCUGUAUCCAUUAAAACGAG